AUGUGCUGCGCCGUUAAAUGUGCCCUGAAGGCGGUUCUUACAGUUCUGCACCUCCUGUUGGUCGUAAGUCAUGUCUUGUGCAGUAUAUACCACUAACAAUACGUCGGCUUACCUGUGUGCCCUUUUUAAAGGGGCAACAUCCUGAUGUAAAGUGCCUGUUCCAGCGAUCGCGUCAACUUUUUCUCGAAGUUCAGACAGUCGUCAGGUGCCGUAGCAAAUUCGGUCUUGCUUCAAGCCCUAAUGGAGCACCUAAGUGCAUGGGCUGUGCCACUCGGAGUGAUCUGUCUAAAUCUUCGACCAAUAAAAUGUUUGCCUUUACGGUUGUUAAAGUUAUAUCAUGCUUCGGGGGUGUGUCUGCAAGUGAACGUUCUAACUUGUAUUCGGAACAACUGUAGCUUUCCGACUCCUGUUCUCUCCUGAUGAGUUGUUGGAUGCUACUAUUGACUUCAGUUCCUGCGGCUCAUAUGUGAGUACCAGGCGUGCAAUUUUGAUUUACCAGUUUUUACACCCUUAGGAUAAACACUGCUAACGCUGUCGCUGCGCAGAUGGUAACGCGAGGGAAUCGUUGAGUUGGAGCUGGCUCAGGGCUACGUCCAGAUUAAACGGCCUAGAUUAUUCGGGUAGUCCACGCUAUCUAGUUCGUUCACGAACCACGUACGUCAGCCAGCGGGCCGGUCAGAAAUCCUGGGUCGUUCUCGGGGAUGAACGAAAUUAAGCAUCCAAGAAGCUUCCGUCGGACGUAGCCGCUAAACGCUACUACUGCGCCGGGGACACAGGGCUGGAUAAUAUGUUGUGCGUUAAGUAGAUCGCUCAGUGACCGUUUCCCGAAGCAAACAGGGUACGAGAGUGUGACAGUGGUCUUGGACAGGCAACAACAAAACAGGUAAAUUGGAUUAAGAUAUGAUCGCAGAGAAGUUGUGAUAGACAAACAUCGCCGUCAACACUAAUCUUAUCAUCCGGUUUGUUUUCUGUAAGAUUAAGGUGCAACGGCAGAUCGGGUAUUUAUUCAUUCAGGAAUGGGCACACUGAUCCAUUGGCUUCCGAAGGCAAGCAAAAUCCGUAUGGGUGGCAAAAGUCACGACUAAACAUUUUUAUACAGAAUGUUUAUGGACAACGGUAUACAGAAGGAUCCCAUUUAGCUGUCAGUAGACUGUGGAUCGUACCAUAAAGGGUUUUAUCUUGGCAUGCAUUUGCAGGCUGUUGCAGAAAUUACACUGCCAACAACGACUAUUUCCCACGACCUCACACGUUAAUUCAGAAGUCAUUAUUUUCUGAAAGUUACUUAUUGUUUGCUGUUUAAUUACUUCUCUCAUUUCCACCGUCGUACAGAAGAGUAGAAUAAGACAUUCAGAAUAAAUCCAGAGAAUUUCCGUUAUUUCCUUUUUUUCAGCUAACUGUUUAGCAUGCUGCCUCGCUUAUAAAAAACAGUCGUUCCCCGAGGUUCUCGAUCUUGCAAUUAUUCAUGUAAUUAGUAUGAUUAGAUCGUUAUUCGAUCCAAUUGGAGUACAGAGCGUGCUUGACCAGUUGUGUUUUUAAGGAAAAACAACAAUGGAGACUGAGCUGAGUAUCUUCGAUCUCAACUGAAAAAAGUAACGUGAGUAAAUGGCAGCUUAUGCGGUUAAACGCGUUGUGAGUAGAAAGCGAAAGUCGGCUGAAACUGAGCGGGGCGGUUUGUGGGAAUCGACAUAUAUCAACUAGUCAAAAAUGACCACGGCUGUGUUUGUUUCAUUUGUUUCCCAUAAAAUUCGAUUAAAACCCUUAUACACGUGUGUUUGUGCAUUGGUAAUAUUCUACAAAUUCUCCAUUUCAGAUUGUCUUUGGUAUCCUUGCUGUUGUUGGAGCACUCCUCAAAUCUGGACUCUUGGGAGACACUCUAGUGAAUUUAAUCUCUUCCGAUGCUACUAUAGACAAAACUGAAAAGGAGGCGUUGGCAGCAUUUAUGAACAACUCCCUCGGUAAGUCGACUGCAGUGUCAAACUAAAAUGCUUCCUUCAUUUCUCCAGAUGCAAAACUAACCAAAGUUUACAAUAUCUUUCUAGGCUCUGUCGGCGUCAUUCUCGUUUCGGUGGGCGCCGUCUGCGCACUUGUCUGCCUCUUCGGUUGGAUCGCCUCCUGUUGCCCAUGCGGUAUAUUGUUGAAAAUUGUGAGUAGGGCCUCAUUGUGUCACGUUAAUAUCGCGAAAGAAGGCGAGAAGUUGCUUGGGCUUUUAAUUUAUCAAUACUACUUUUUUCUUUUAAGUACGCUGUUCUGCUCGGCAUCAUGCUUGCUACGCAAAUCGCAUUUACCGGCUACGUAUUUGGAAGUCCUAGCUACGUAAGUGCACUUAAAAAAAUGCCUCCUUGAUUGUAAUGUUCCAACCAAUUGGCCAGUUAGGUGAAAAAGGGUCGUCUAAACUACUAGAACGUGAAAUUCAUCAGAGAGGCAAGGACGGGUCCAAAAAGUUUUCCGUGAUUUUUUAAAUUUUUUUGGAUGUGCGAAAUAACUUCGCUUUCUUCUUGACUGUGUUGAUGCUGUUUAGUUUACCCAAGUUACAAUUUAAGUGCACGUUUAUUAUUUUUUCGGUCGAAACAGCUUCCAGAUCAAGUUCUUGGCCUAAUGGACAAAGCGCUUAAGUCUUAUAAUGAAGACCCGAACAAAAACACAGCUCGUGUAAUUUGGUCUCUGGUUAUGACCGUAAGUGGGCCUUAUUUGAAAAUUUAUAAACAAAUUUCGUUUAUUAAAAAUGCGUUCAAUCACAAGAACAAUAGAAAAUAUCUUAUAUCGGCAAAUAAAGAAAUCGACGAAUCCCCGAAUACGGAGCCGCAAAUAGGUGCGGCUCAGUCGCACAACACCAAGAUUCCUUUUCGAAAAAUACCAUUGCAUACAUGAUAACCGUUUCGAAGUUUGGCAAUGUUUCCACUCUAUUAACAAAUGCGUUGACCACACCGAUUGGAGGCGCAACUGUCGGUUCAGAUUCAUUUCUAUUUUUCCAAAAAGAUAACGUUAAUCCUGUUGUUUAGGAAACAUUUUACUCAGUAAUAAUGGCUAUACCUGAAUCGCACGAUAGCCGAAAUAGGUGUUUUAUGAAUCCGUCAACAGUAGAAGGGGAUUUAGUUAUAAACCUAAGGCAGGAGCUUCUCUUGACACAGUAGGUGAACUGAAAGAUGAUACAUUUAUUAGAGGUCAAACAGUAUUUGUGGUAGCAAGUCGACUAUCGCAUAAUAUGUAUGUCGUAACUUCAUUCAUUCCUUUUCCAGAAGGGUAAUGAUAUUACCCGAGUUAAUGUUCAGUUACUUACCCAGUUUUAUUUCCUGUGUCGCAUAUGCGGUCAGAUAUAUUUUAACGACGACAGCAAUUCCCUUAUACAUUUUUAAAAGUAAUAUGUUCGACGAACAAAGAAUAAUCAACUUAAAUAUAGAUGCCAUUGUCUGAUAGCAAGCAAACUACUACUAAGAGAUUGUGUGCUAUAGUCCUGUUAGCAACUAAUGUUAUCGAAAUACAUGUAUGGUCUCAAUAGACACUAGGCUUGAAUCUCCCGAAUAUAAGUUACACAGAUCACUUAUGAAUCCGUACUUUGGAAGCGCGUUCUUAGUUUAAAUGUAAAUUGGUUUUCAUCAGGUUACCCCGGAAAAAAUUACUUGGUAGUGAAAUUUGCAUUCAGACUUUGGAAUGGCCAGAAUGGACGAUUCAGCCGAAUGUUUGACGACAAGUUUAAAAAUCUUUUGUCGACUGAAUAUCAGAUAAGGCAUUAGUAUUUGGCAGAAUAAUGCCCUGUAGUCUAAGAAAGCGUGUUAACCCUGUUUAAGACAUGGCUUAUUCAUUUGCAGAGCAAUAACAAUAUUUGCUGUGGAUUGGACGGCUACGAGGAUUUCAAGAGUAAGUUCCUGAUCUUUCAUGACCUUCAGAGAUCCGCGCAUUUUUUGUAAUUGAGUGCUUCUUGUUUAUACUGUACUAUGUUUUUAUUUCUAUAAAGAAUUAGGAAUGGCGGAAUUCCCGGAAACCUGUUGCAAAACAAAUACCAAAGGUUCGAAAUCCUCCUGCGACGUCGACACCGCUAAGGCAGACAAAGUGCCUGGUUGUACGGACAAAAUAAAAACCUUCGUCGAAGCUACCAAAGUCAAAAUUCUACCUAUUCCCAUCGCGCUGAUAAUUGGUCUGGUAAGUCUUUAUUUUUCUUAACGAUAUUCUGCCCAGUUGUCCUGUCAGACUCCAGUGACUGUUGACGAGUUCAGAACAUGUCUCAACAAUGCUAAGGCGUGCCUAAACGACAGACAAGGGGUUGAAAUUGCUUAAAUAGGCUUGUUGAUCAAGCACAUGUGCCGAAUACUCAGGUGAUCUGUCCGGUCUUGAUUACCUUGAUGUCAGACAGGCGACGGUCUGACCAACUUAGACGACGUCUUCCAUUGCAUGUCGCAUGGAGCGUGUUCAGCACGAAAAUCAGGGAUCAGGAGGUAGAUGCGUUGGACAAGCAGGCGAGGUUAAAUCGGGGUCCGGCAGGUUUUAUUUGAACUACGAAAACACAACAGGUGCCAUCGUACAUAGUGUGUUUACAGGGCCAAUUGAAAGCCCUCAUAGCGCCAAUUGGAUUCCGAGAUGCCCAGGCUUUUGUUGUUCUUGAAAAUCCUGGGCAGUAUCCGUUGCAGCCCAUUAGGUGUCGUGGCGCACCAACGUUCGACUAUUGCCGUGCCGACUACUUGCGUCCUUGCUCGCUUUGCGUCUUCUGGGCUCGCUUGUGGGCAAUGUGGGAGGUGAGGAGGGAGUGCGGUAGAUGCAACGCAAGUCCACCAACACUUUAAUUCACGCGCAUCUCACCGUUCCUGCUCUCCCUGCGCUGUAGAGCAGACGAUUGACAUCGCUGAAGUCAACGAUCGAGCUGCCAGUGAGACAUGCAUGCACGGCGUUUGACACAUUUUACCUCACAACCCUUGCUCUGAUGGUCAGACAAAAACAAGAUUACGGGGUCUGGGCGACGUGUCUUACGAAGUAAUGCUGCCACACAUGUCGUUUCCAGAACUGCACGAUAGGGACAACUUGGAGGUGACUUAGGCGAGAGUGCCACUAUGGUCACACCAGGAACGGUCCACUAGACCCUGACUGUUUGACCAGAGAGCAAUCAAGCUGGUUGGCAACGUUUCCAGCUACGACUUUGAACUCUCUGGGUUAGGUAUAAGCACGCAAGUAAGGUAUAGGUCUGGAGUAUCUCUGUCAGAACUUUUGAAAGUGAUUUCUGCAUGAGGACGUGCCUUUAACGUUCAAUAAUCGAGUUUGGAUGGCACCAUUUAUGAUUUCCGGGAGAUGAUAUAUCAGGUUCUUUACCACGUGAAGCAAGAUAUUUAAUAUCCAAGAAUCCACAUAUAACACACCUUUUCAUGUUCAUGGUAGGGUUUAAUUUUUUUCCCGAAAAGCGCAUUUAUACUUAGACAGAGCCGUCAUUUAAGGAUAGACGGAGUACUAUUAGCGCUGGUCAAAGGCAGAUCAUUUAUUGUUCUUCAAAUUUUAUAUUUUCUGACAUGGAAAUACUUGCUUGGUUUGCAAAAGGGGUUCUGAACCAUUCUUGUGUAACAAUUUAUUGCUGGUAGGGGAAUACUCGGUUUUUUGAAACGAUCUAGUUUGAAUUGGUGAAUUUCAUUGUGAAAUGAAACCUUCACAGCAUGAGAUCCGAUUUCUGCAUAAAGCCUAAAGUAUUAUCUUAGCAGUUUCCUUAAAAAUACUUCUCACAUUCAAUGAACGAUCAACUUAGAAUACCUUUAAUACAUUUGCAAUUAUUUAGAUAGCAAUAUUUAAGUGAUUUCUCCUCUUUCCCCGAAAAUCCUUCAUGUGCUUCUUGGGUUAGUUAAUUUCUCGACAAAAAUCCUGUACAGGACUUAAAAUUUACACGGUAAAAUUAGCAUUACCUUAUGAAUUUCAGUGGUUCAGUGACAUCCGCCUACGUUCUGACUUGUUAACGGAAUAGAAAGUUGAAUGAUUAUCAUAGUACAUUAUAAAGCCCCUAGGUUAAUUGCGCCAUUUAAUUUCACGCAUCAGCCUAUUCACUAGAAGGCUUAUUCAUGAAGAAUGUUCAUUCUUAAGAAAGAAGUAACAAGUAAGAAUCGAAUCAUAAGCGACCUAGGUCGGCCAAAUUGAAGAUCUUAUCUUAAAAAGUUAAAUUCUUUUAAUUUUAAGAUAGACAGAGCAGAUCAAUCUCAAUAGGCCAGUGGGUCAGUAUAUUUUAAGGGUAAUAGGCAAUGCCCUUGAAAACCCUAUUGAAAACGGUAAAUUUCAUAUCUAACUUUAAGUAAACAUAGCACUAAAACUUCGUCAGUAAUAUAUAACUCUGUCUAAUUUUAGCUUGUCCUUCUGGUCGUGGUCGUUCUCGCAGCAUUUUGCUAAAGAACCAUCCUCUCUGGUUAUUGUAAACAAAAAACAAACAUGUGAUUUGCCCAGAUUUGAAACCCCUUCUUCUAGAUGUACCAAAUAAACUGUUUUUCGGAUUAAGAAGAAUUUUCAUUGACUUCAUUAUAUAAGCAAACAGAGCCGUGCACAGACCUUAAAAGUUCACGAUAACCUCUGAGUCGAUGAAAACGUUCUGAAAUGAAGUCUGCUGCAGUAUUGGGAAGUAAAAAGUGGGUCGAUUUUAUACUGCUACUGUCAGUCACUAGCGCGGCGCUCGCAUCAGGAACGCGGAGGAAUGUUCAUACUUUGCAUGCUUACAACAAUUUUUCGUUGAACAAUUCGACGGAAGGAAUUAAUGGGGAAGAUUUCAUUGAUUCCAAAAAGCGCAGGAAUGGUCAGUAGUUCUUGAAAGUUUCGAACAUUUCAGAGGCUCAAACGUUGUUAAACUACAAAGCCAAUAGCGGUUAUCUUUCAGCUGACUUUAAAUAACAGUAAUAUAUGAUUACCGAAGUUGGGAAAUUAAAUAAUAAUUCUCUGCUUAGGGGUACACCUUAGCCUCUGUUUGAUUUGCUACGAAGUUCCAUGGACAAAUGAUUUCGAUGUUUCCUUCGUUCUUGGACAGAGGAGUUAAAUGCACUGCCACUGCAAUUUUUGCCACAUGGUCUACGUAGUUCAUUUUUACCACUUUCGAAACUUUUAGUAAGAAAGAUCAAAUAUAAACGAAGAUGAUUGGUCGAUAAAGUUUGUCCAGGGCUGGUUUCUGCGUAAAUAAUGACGUGUGGCCUUGUAAAGUUAAUAAGACCGCCGAUGGAGUCGAUAUUUAAAAAAAUUCCCUUAUAUGUCAGACUAACAAUGUCCUGUCUUCACCCUGACUGAUAACUCCGUGACAGUCAAGAAAACUGCGGUUUCUGCAAUACGGAUAGCUGGUUGAGGGCUAGGCUUAAUGCGCUAAAAUGCAAAUUUACGCUUACGCAAAUUGGUCUGCAACUGUAGCCCCUAUACAUAUUCGUGGUUUCCGCGACUGAAUGCGUUCUGUCAACCGAGCACUCUUAUUCUUCAGCAAACAUCCUUCUGGAUUAGGCGCUUCUAGCGAGUUGCGCGGGUAACGAUUUCCUCUGAAAAUCCGUCGAUGAUACUGGAAUUCGGUAACCUUGUCUUCCGGUUCAUUACAGUGCGUCUCAACACGCAACUGUGAUUGCGGCUGACUGGGUAAUUGCUGUUGAUGUUCAGUACAUGCGUCGUGCUCGUCGCUUUUCUGAACAUUUUGGUCUCUAGGCCACAAAAAUCUUUGUGACAGACAAGGACAUAAAUAAAUGCCAGCUGGUUAUUUUCUUUCUCCUCCGUCGUAAAUUGUGUGUGCGGAAGACGCUGCUCAGACGUUCUUUGAACGUUAGCACCUGAUCCUGUUAGAUGACGACGAAGGUAUCGCCCACAUACCGAGCCCACCAUUUCGGUCUGCGGUGUUGGAAGACCAAUGACUCUUACCGCCGUAGGACCAUCUCUGCGAUGAAUCCUGAAAUCGGCGAGCCAAUAGGUGUUCCCUUCACUUGCUUGUAGAUGGUUCCGUCAAACGUGAAGUACGUUCGGAGGCAGAACUUUAGGAGCUGAAGUACUUGGGCGCGUUCGAUACGAUUUUCCGUUUCGUUGUAUAUGCUUUGUUUGAGUGGCUUGACGGUCUCGAUUGCAAAAAUUGACGGGACAUCAGAAUAGGAAUAUAGGAAUAUGGGUAGGGCGUGAGAAAAUAACCAUCCCCGUAAUACACGUGGACUUGUGCUAAAUGGCAAGGUAAUUAGAAGUAGGGUUAAGGUUAGCGUUACCGCCUGGUGAGGGGGGGGGCGGAUAACCUUCUUGGACUUUACCUCAAGACCACCAUCUAUUACGUGGAGGAGAUUGCUAAUUGCGGUGUCCUUCCAAGAAAUCCAACCCAAAACUGCCCAGUCAUGACCUUCAGAGUCUAUGUAACAACGUAGUGUUUCUGACAGCGUUCCGUACGAGGCGUCCGACUCGAGUUAAUUUGACAGAUCCAUUCAUCUGCAAGCAUAACGCCUUGGCGUCCGACGAAGCAAAAACCCCUCUUGUAGGUUAUGUUUACAGUCGGAAGCCGUUCCCUGUUAAUGACUGAACGGACCUGUUUCGAUGGUCACACACCUAGGCUACACAGAAAGGCGACAGUUGCAUUGCAUUAUUACGCCGCCGCCGCCGCAAGGGUCACAACGCCGAGCGAGAUCCAGCGGCGCAGGUUAAAAUGACUCAGACGCUCGGUGCUGCUCCGAGGCUAUUCAAGCUGCUAUGAACUUUCGCGGUUAUCUGACCCAGAACAGGGCGUGGGUGUCAAUACUCCUGAAAGCAUCUGAGGCACGGACGAUUUACGCGUUUUCCUAGUUUAUUCUGUGAGACUCCACAAAAUCCUUACUAGCUGUAUUCCAUUCAUUUUACAGUAGGUGGGCUAAAUCAUGAAAUGUUAACCAAAAUUUCGAAAUGCGCUUUCGUUAUGAAAAGUUUAAUUAAGUAAAGUUGUAAAACUUAUCAUCAUACAGCAUAAUUUUAUAAUGAUAUUGUUACCACGGGGUGCCGGAUUCCGGAUAAAUUUCUUCGCUGUUGCAUGUAGAAAACAUACACUGUAAAAAAGGACUACUUAAAUAGCAAGUAUUUUUCCCAUUGAUUUUCGAUGCCCUUAAAGAUUAAAUUAUAUUUCAUGGACAAAAAGCAUAAACAUAUUUGUUCUUUUAUUUGUUUAGUAGAAAAUUACGUCUUUUUUCACUUUUUCGCUUAAAGAAGGGGUAGAAGUCUUUUUUCAAAAAGUUUGUAAUUGUAAAAUUUUUUAAUACUGUGACAUGGCCGUUCAUUAAAAGUCAUGUCCCUGCAUUUACCAAAUUGGCUAGUAAAGUUUACAAUAUGUCGCCAAUCCACGAAUACAAUUUAUAAUUCCCAUAUGGUCUCCCCUUAAUAAUGUAGAGUAAUAUAUGCUUUUCCGUACGCGAAAAAUAUACGGCAUGUAGUUUGGAAACUACGAAUCCAAGUGUAAUGGCUCGUCGGGUUUAAAAUUUUUCAGGAAAACCGAAUUAUACUCUCCUCUCUUAUGCAUAAAAUUGGAAGAAGAUUUAUGAGUAUUUUUAUGCAAAUUUUAAAUGAACUAUAAUUGAAUUUUAAGCGCAUCAAAAAUCGAUGAGAAAAAUGCAUGUAUAAAAUUGGAAGAAGAUUUAUGAUUAUUUCUAUGCAUGUUUUCCAUGAAAUAUAAUUAAAUAUUUAAGGGCAUCGAAAAUCCAUGAACAAAAUGCAUGCUACGUAAAUAGACAUUUUUGCGGAGCAUGGUUUUUGCCUGCAGACGCAAAGGAGUUCGUUCAAAAGCUGGCAUCCUGAGGUAACUAAAUUAUUAUAGAAUUAUGUUGCACGAUGGUUAGUUUAACAAACCUAUUUAAUUAAUCUUUUCAAAACGAAAACGCAUUUUGGAAUUUCGGCUGACAUUCCAUGAGUUUGCUCACUUACUGUAGUUCUAAGUACACCUUCUCUGUAUGAUCUACACAAACGCUUAGACCCACCAAUAAACAGAAGCUGUGCUCGAGAGAUAAUUUUACUUUUUCCGCCUGUCAGUACAUCUAACGUAAUUCAGUUUGAUGUUGCGAGCAGUUAUUUGGUUUUUUUACGGCGGAUAGAAGAGCAAAUUUUUCCCUUUACCGGAAGACAGCAUGAUUAUUUGCCUGGCCAUUUAAUUCUUUCAAAUAAAACCGUGUGGCACACCCGCAUGUUACUCUUGGGAGUGGUGUAUGUCUUACUUGCAUUCUACUAGCAGCUGGCAGCCAUUUGACGUUCAAAAUGUAUGUGUCGGGGUACUCGUUAUGCAACCCUUGGUUCUCUUCUCAUAAAGAAAGUUGCUAACAUUAUUUUACAAAACAUUCUAUUGUGUUAUUUUUCAAAAGUCUGGAAAAGGCCAAACGUUUUCCACAGAUACAGGUAGAUUUACAGUGCGCGACCGAUCUCAUGGAAUGUUGAAGAAAGUUCUGGAGUGCGUUUCCGAUUAGGAGGGAAUACUUUAGUGGGGUUGUUAUACUGAUUACUAUGCAGCAAAACCCUAUAACAUUUCGGGCUCUCCAGGAUGUCGGCUUUUGAGUAUAAUUCUGUUUUACCGCCUGCAGAAACCAAACUCGGAAAAAUGGUUAUCUAUGUAGUAUGCAUUUUUCCUAUUGAUUUUCGGUGGUUUUAUAAAUUCAAACAUAUUUUAUAGAAGACGUGCAGAGACAUAUGCCUUAUUCCACUCCUUUGGUAGAAACUGACAUUGUAGCUGCAUUUUUUACCUGAAAAAGUGUAUAUUUAGGUUUCACAAAAGUUUCUAAUGAUGAGAUGUUUAAGACCGUGGAUAUUCAUGUAUGCAAGACCGCACAUAUACGUUUACAAAUGCGCCUCAUGGAAUGUACAUCACAGUCCGAAUCCAUUGCAACCUUUCAUGAACUCUGUGUAGUAUCUUCUUAAAGGCAUAGAGGAAUACAUGAUUCUCAUUAGGCGGAAAUUAUGCACCUUGUAGACUGAAAUCGGCAAACAAUGAUGCAAUGGCCGAUCAGGCUGAAAAUUAUUCGGUAAUCGGGGGACAUUUUAAAACCAAAUAUACACUUUAUUCGGGCUUUAAAUAUGAAGACAAUGUGAUUUCCUACCAAAAAGGCAAAAGAAAGCGUAUUUUUGUAUAUGUUUUCUGUGAAAGCUAUUUGAACAUAUAAGACCAUCAAAAAUCAAAAGGAAAAAUGCAUGCUGCUUAAGUAGUCAUUUUUGACCGAUUGCUGUAUCUGCAGGAGGUCAAAAUGAAGUGCAUUCAAAAGCCAACAUCCUGGCGAGCCCGAAAUGUUAUAGGGUUAUGCUGCAUGAUAAUCAAUAAAAACAACCCCCUUCCUGAUCGGAAACGCAUUCCAGAAUUUUAGUCAACAAUUCAUGAGACUGGUCACGCACUGUAAUAGAGGUCUACAGAAAUUGAAGAUUAUUUACUCUUAUUGCCAUAGGUCAGAGAAUAAGUACAGAGCGACCUAUAAAAUGGCUCCGUAAUGCUAGCAUUUUGACGCGAGUUAUCGUGGUUAAUUUCUACACAGGGGCAUCUCGGAGUUUUGCGGCUUUAUGAGACCGGCAAUAGUGGAAUCUAAUUCAUUUGAAGUGCGUCGUCAAGAUGCACCACAGAAAGUCCGUAGAAACGGCACCUGACCGUUCCCUAGGAUCCUGCCGUGCGUCCGAAUGACGUCCAAGAACCAAAGAUGAGCGCCUUUAAUACACUGCGAGUUGCCCAACCCCUACGCGGCGGCCCUAAAGUCACAAUUUGCGGAUCAUUUACUCAGACAUCACUGUUGUGCUGUCUUGGGCAAAAGUAUUGCAGAAAUCCAGAUUGACAAAGGUGUCCGGACCAGCUGCGAAUAGGCUGUAGGCAGAGAACUUCAAGGAUAAUACUACCUGCCUGUUGACAGUUAAUGAAUUUUUAAUGGUUAUCCUACUGUGGCCGAUGUACAUUGGUCUAAAUAUCCAUGAAACAGCUUUCGGUCUGCGACUAUAGACCUUAAAGUAUACUGAUCUUCUCCAAGUCUGUUAUUAAUUUCUGGAACAAAUGAUAACCUGAAGUAUCUGCCAGAAAGCAGACGGGGAAUGUUAGGGGACCCCCUGAAGAACUGAACCUUUUGCAGCUGUGCAAUGCAGCGACAGAAUACCGGCGAAACACGGGUGUCUGGACAUUUAGCUAGCACCCGUGUUGCUAGAAUGUUAUCCCAUAAUCCUUGCGAUAACCACUCAUUUAACCCCUAAGACAGUCAGGUGAGGACGCUUUUUGGACACUUUCAGACGCCGUGCAGUAAAAUAAAAGGUGAAAUAACCGAAAUAGAAUAAGUCUAACUGGCUUGCAGACUGAUUGGUCACCCAACUAUCUUUGUCAGGCACCAUAUACAGAGGCUGAACGAUAGACUUAACGACGCCGUUUCAGGCUUUUAGCAGGUGUUCAGUACGUAAAGAAGAGUACUGGAGAUGUCAGCUGUCUUUUAAAACCGUUCCAAGUAUGUGCUUGCACAGAGGAAAGACCUAGGAUUGUUUAUCGAAUAUACUGCAAUCGAUGGAAAACUAACUACGUCGGAGAUAGGAGGAAUAUAUUCCGGAAAUGGAAGACCAAACAGGCAUAAGCAGCGGGGAGCGAUGGUGUACAUCUUCAAUUCGCGGCAAGCUCACGUGUCAGGUGUCGAAUCAUCACGUUUGACGAAGCCGAACUCAGCUCAAGGAAUGAGGACCGCGGGGGUAGCUGAAUACUCAACUCGUGGUUCUUCGGUUUGAAAUCCAUCAACUGGCUAACUAAUCUCCGCCGUCAAUAUUUAGCCCUAGGACUGUGUUCAGUCAGAUUAUUUAGUUACGCGUAGAGUGCAUGAAUGAACACCGGCUCCAGCGAGGGUACCGAUGAACCGAAUUUCAAAGUCAUUAUCACGUGAAUAACCAAUAAUUGCGACAGUGCCGUGGCCAUUUAUGAUCCGGAUGUGAGCUGUCAGGCUAUCAUCGUAGCAAGUAUAAUGAUUUGUGAUGAAUGCGAUUGUUACCAGCUACGAUGUCCCAACAACUACGCCCUUUAAAUACUUCACCUUUUAUGACAGUGGCGCUCACUGAUCAGGUUACGGAACAUGUUCGUUCCGUUGUGCCUUUGGACUCAUACUAGAACGUUCGAAGGCAUUUGCCCAGCGGCUAGUAGUAGACGUAGAUGAGAUGGUGCCGAAAAAGGGAGACCGGAAUGACCAUUUCUGGCUUAUUAGCCGUCAUCAGCCACCUUCGGCUUUUCUGUAGCCACCAUCAUGGUACUGUCUCUACUCCGAAUUAUCAUGAGCAAAAGCGUCCAGUUGAGCAGUUAUUCAUUUUCUUGAAAUCCUGUUGUGAUUACCCUGCCUACAAAUAAAGGACCAGGGAUAAUGAAUUAUAUCAGCUCUAAAAAGGCAGUUGAGGAAGAAUUGGAGAGUUUGUUUAAGUACUCAUUUGAAAGAAAUCCGUAAAAUGGAUAAUUCCAGUUGAGAGGAACGUUAAAACUGCCCGAGAUGUGCCUGGCAUUUCAAUUGGUUCCUCGAAUUCAGGGAUAAGAAGGCAUAUUGUUAUGUAAUUGUUUUACGAGAACCUCGGUGGCAAAUUGAAGGAAGAUUAUCAAGCACAGUCGGUCUUUUAAAUGAUGUUUAGUCCCAAUUCCUUUUGAAUUUAAGCGGAAUCAAUCUUAAGAUAAAAACUCGGAACGCCACAUAGCAUUAGCGACGAACAACACUCUACUUACUAUGAACUAGAAACAGAGAUAAUGCAUUAGACCAACACCCACUGAGAAGGUAUGUCGACUGCAAAGCACAAGCUAAUCGUUAAUCUCCAGAAAGCCGGCUUACUAUGCAGGCGAGUGACGUAUAGGCAAUCAGAAUGCUGCUGUACUGUGAUUUAGUGUGUAUUGUAAAAUAAUGGUUAACCGAAGCGUGCUUGAGACUAAUCUUGAGAAGUCCACUAAUUUACAACGGGAAAGUCUGCCAACCUUUGAAAAAAAUAAGGAUUUUUCAAGGUGAACAUUCUAUUGCUGGUGAUAGGGAUGCCUUUUUGAGUCCAAGGAAAUCCAUAAUUAAAUGAUAUCACCUUUUAAUUUUAAACAGCCCCGAGUUCGCGGCCAGAAAAGAUUUUAUGUGCAUUUUGAAUGCUUUACUGACACAGCAUGCGAAUUCACUUGUAUGCUCCCGGGCUCAGUGACUAGAAUAAAAGUAUUUUACUCAAGCACUCACCACCUUCCAUCCGUAGGUAAGAAAUAGCUGCCUUUUUGAUCUCUUUAAGGCACAUUUUCUCUUUCUCUGGUCGCGUAGAAGGACCAAGCCCCCAUCUAGGCAAAUUAGAAAACACCAUUUUGCCCUCAGACACUAAAGCCCAUCCCUAGCGUAGAUCCGGCUCAUAUUUCGAGUUAUCCGCAGCGUACGUGCGAGAUGCUCAAAGUUACCGCGCGUGUGGGUAGUAGCGACGGUGGAUGUGAUAGUUGUGCCGUCAACUACAAUGGUCAGCUGAUACACUUCAACUACCAUGAUCAAAUCUGGGCCACAAACACUUCUAUCCGCGUUGCGUUACCACAUAAAGGAACCCAAAUGCACUUUAAUGGGAUAUCAUUCUCCUUUCCCAGACUUCAAAAGGGGACCAUGCUUCCGCAUACUUUCCUGUUUGUAAUUUCUGGACACUCCCCGUCCAUUCUGGCUGUUGCCCGAAAUCGACGUAUAUUAUUGCAAAGGACUGGUGUAUUGCUCGGACCACGCUGCAUCGAAUACCGCCGUCUUCUACUCCGGCCUUCUACCGGCCAUCUAGACUUUUAUCACCGGCCUUCUACUUAAAAUUACAUCCAGAAAGGGGAACAAUCCGGAUUUAUCUUUUGCUUGCUUGCUUCAUGCAGAUUGUAGACUCCAAUGCAGUUUUACAGUGAUAAUUGUUAUUUUCGACUCGAUUGAAUUACAAAAUUAUCCUCUUCUUUUAAAUGUGGAAUUGGAAGAAGACGUGAUUUUCUACCGAAUAAGUAAAAGAAUGAAUAUUUGUAUGCAUGUGUUUCAUAAAAUAUAAUUAAAUUUUCAAGGUCAUAGAAAAUCAAUGAGACAGUUGCAUGCUACAUAAGUGGUCAUUUUUGUAAAGUACAGAUUUUGCAUGCAGACGAAAAUAACUUCUUUCGAAAGCAAAAACCCUGAGGUAACUGGAUCAUUAUAAAUUAAUGCUGCAUCAUGAUUAGUUUAACAACACUACUUAAUUUAUAUUUUCGAAAACUGCUUUGGAGUCUACACUCUGCAUGUAGGCAGUUAAUAAACCGUCAUAUAUGACAUAACAAUACUUUUUAAACGCUAUUUAGAUGUCAACUUUACUAAAACACUAUUACUGGACAUUAUUUUAUUUUUACGUUCUUCUUAUGGGAAUCUAUUCUUUAAAUCUUAAAAGGAAGUUUACUAAACUAGAGCCAUUUCUAUCGUUUUCGGGGUAUUGCGCUUUUCAAAAUAAAUCGGAAUUUCUUAACAAUGCAACGCUGACUUUUAUAUUUUUUAAAUUUUUUUAAUUCUUUGAAACGUAUAUUUAAUUAACAUAGACGUUACCCUCAUGAAUUGCUGGCGGUUUGCGAGUGAUUGGCACUCAUUCAUAAAUUUCGACACAUUUCAUGAGUUGAUGAUUAUUUAUCGAAAGAUUAUAUAUGCUCGCCAAACUGUCUUUUGAAUUCUUUACUGGGAAUUUUCGCGACUAACUUAAUAUUAAACCACAGUCAAAUCGAUUGCUUAAUAAAGAAAGCAUAUGGUGAACCAAUAUAAAAUGGGCAGCAGUAUGCCAUUUCACAAAAUUUACUUGUUAAAUUUCACUUGUCUAUAAACGCUGGCGUUCCCUCAUAUAUUUUUUAUUUUCUUUUCCGCUUUUGAAGCCGACCUCGCGGUUAACAGACAGACCUCCACGCACCUCUUCCUCCAAUGCUUCGAAACCGCCGAAACAAUAUGGCAGCUUGCGUCGGUUAUGUGCUGAAAUGUUACAACAAUAUUCAGGUCAUUUUUUUCUAUCUGAGAGAAAUGUGCGUGUGCAACAUUGAACACCUUUUAUAUUACAUGCAGUGGAAGUGUGUCAAAAAUUUGUAAAGGUGGUAACAUCAAAUGACUGUGAAGCAACGUCAGAAGAAAAGAGGAUGCAAUCGUUGGAACAAGAAAUUUAUUGGCCUAGCGUUUCGGAUUAUCACUCAAACCCAUCAUCAGAGACAGUCGCAAAUAAGGGUAAUGGUGACACAAUGAGUGCAGUAAAUAUAACACGUAGCUGCCGAGGGACGACAUGAGUACUGUAAUUAACAGGUCCCGCGAUCACCGUUGAGAGGUCGUAAAUGAGGCGGUGAUGGCUCGUGGAUCCGCGUCCGUGUAAUUAAUCGCCGCGAUUUCAUCAUCCGUGUUGGAUUUUGACGUGAUGAAUACUCGGAAAUUCGGUCCGCUGUCACCGGGAUUGUUGCCCGCCCGCGUCUUCCCCACGUGGCUGAUUCCCCUGCCCAGGAAAUGUCUCAGCACCGAACAUGGUGCCGGGAGGUCCUUGCGCUCGUUGAUGGAUUUCUGGCGCAAGAACCCGGGCAGCUUGCGGCUCACGCGGAUGUGAGCUUUUGAGAGAAUUCUACCCCUUGGAACUUGAAAAAAUGACUGCGUCCCGUCGAAUGAGCCGCCACCUAAUAGAUAGCGUCUGUUCUCCUUGCCGCUGCUGCGUGCUCAGCCAUCUACGUCCGGAGUUAUUUCCCAUUUUCUCCAACGUAGCUGCUUUUUUUGCAACUGCACCCUAUCCGGUAAACGACUCCUGACGUUUCGGGCAGAGGCAGUGGGUCUCUCGGCCUCAUGACUUGGCGCCUGAUGGUUGCUUCCGGCCUGUGGGCAAAUCCAAAUCCACGAGGAGUCAGAAGGCGUCCUCGGAGACGUUCUUUACGUACGGAAGCGCUUGCCAAAAUUUGAGGCCGGUUGAAUUUCGUCUCUGGUGCCUUUUUCAUAUGCAGCGGUUGACAAAGUUGCACGGGUAGCCAUUGGCUCUCAGUACCCGUCGAAGAUAUCGUAAUUCAGCAAUCUUGUAUAGAAGAGGUCCCGAGACACAACGGUAGGAGCAUAUUUUGUAGCAAGAGAACUGAGCACCUUCCAUCAUAACAGGAAAAAUCUGUUAACAGGACUGGCGGCCCGUAGCCUCAUCAAAACCUGCAGGAAGCAUGUAGCGAUUGCAUUUACGUUUGUCUUCUUAAAUGUCUACUUAAGUGGGCGACAGUAACUCUUGUUUUUUGAGUUUAAGACCGCAGAUGAUUAGCCGAGGAUUUGAGGUCGACACCACUAACAAAGCGAAGCACAUCGGAGCUUUUAGUUUGCCUCCGGCUUUGGCCAUUACAAAUUUCCUUCUAAAUGGGACCAUCGACUUCGACAUAAAUCUAAACACUUUUUUUCAUUUCGGAAAAGCAGACGACUGUCGACAAAUAGUAAUAUCCACGUCUGGGAGAAAAAAAUGACUACCAGUUCUUGUUUUGGGCAAGACUCCUCUACAGAGUUGGCGGGCCGGAUGUGUCUUGCAAAGAGGGCUUUCAUUCAAGAUCGCGUAUCAAGCUCAGACCCUUUUGACAGAAAGUGGACUUUCAAAAUAUCAAGCCAAUUUUAGUGCCGGCAUUUACUUCCGGGAUUCCUGGCAGGGCACAGGAGACUGGAUUUUUUGGAUGCGCAUCUUGUAGAUUCCGGACAUUGUGUGGACCACAGCGAAGCUUUUCGUGUGAUUUCUAAAGUUCCCUCGAGCUAUCCUAAGCUACUGGGACAGCGCCUGUUGGAAACAGCUAAAGUGACCGCCAUCAGGUUACGAAUGCCAAUCUUGUGGGCACAGAAGAACCACGUUCAGACUCCGAACCUACAGCGAUCGAAGGUCGACUAACAGUGCAGCUCUCCCCGCGCACUUCCGCUCUCACCCCGCCCCUGACACUGACUGCUAUUACCUCCCACCACCCCCCACAUUUCCACACCCCGCCCGUGUUUUAGGACGGACUUUACUCAAUUUCUCUCAUUAUUGACAUGUUAUUGUUUCUACCCCGUCCCCACAUAAUUGUAUUGGUCUGAGGGAAAUUUAUCGAAAGAAAACGGGCGCUCGCCACCUUGUCUUCUGAAUUUCGAAUACUACAAAGGGUUCUUUGUUUGUGCGUCGUUACCUCAGUGACACAUUUGUCCCGGUCAAUAAGCUUCUGUUGGAUUUACGAACUAAUCUAUUGGAUGUUUUUUGGUGAAAAAGUCGAUAAUGAGGGUAGCGUGUUGAUGACCCCGAGAGCCCCAGGCAGCGAGAGGAGAGAAAAAUCGAUCAGCACGAGGUCGACCAACGUGACAUGACAUUUGGGAUUUCUGGUCAAUUAAGUACAUUUUACGUUUUGUCAGUGCAGAGCCGAUCAUGCUCUUUGAAACGUCAUCAGCUAAAUAAGUCCGUUCCAGUGAGCCUAUCUUCUUCUUCAAGAGGAAAAUGUGGUCUGGAUGUGAAGGCAUCCAACGAGGCCGAUUGGAAGCGCAGUAAUAGGUUAGCUGUGACGGCUGAAAUAAUAAGCAACAGUAAGCGAUGAAUGAAGAUUAUGCAGUGGGUUUAACCUUUAGUAAAGUCUUUCUUACUUCCGCUUAGUUGCGUCGCGAGGUUUACAACGACCGCAGUGUACCCACGCAUGUUUCACCUCUGGUUGGCACAGGUGUGAACGUGAGUAAGGUUAGUGGACGAAGUGAUUACAUUUCCUCAGUGAGUCUAUUAACAAGACGAAACACAAUGUCUCCACACACUGGGUCACGGGCCCCUUGUCAUUCCUGGCGUGUGUCCCAACACCCGGCAAUUCUGCUUCAAUUCCCCCCCCCCCUCCUGCCUCUACUUCAAAAAGUCCUAUGGAAACGGUAACACACAGUUCCGUAAGAGAUCCAGGCCAACUCGAGUCUCUCUCCACCAAACAAAACCGUGACCCAUAACGGAGCUCGAAGACCGUCUAGGGUGUCUUAGCAGCCCUAUGUCGUGAUAGCACUGCCUACCCUUCUGGUGAGGAAGGGGACCAGAAGAGGUGGAUAAAACAAAUGCCGAAGAAUCAUGCCAUCUCCUAGUAAACCAUUGUUCGUAGAUGCAAAACUCGCGGUCGAAAUACUACAAUGAAUAACAACUUACUCUUUUUCUCAGGGAUCCGAGUAACAAGAUAAAUGUAUCAAUAACCGUGUAAUCAAAGUAAAAUAGGUAUGCACUUGUGAAGUCCCUAUUGGUUAUAUGCAGAGGAAGUAAAUGGGAAAAAUGGAAAUGCAGUAACAUAAAAGAAAUACAAGAGAAAUAUCAGAAACGUUAACAACAUUUAAAGGCAUACAAACGCCGUUUGUUUAUUAAACACAUCAGACAGUUGAAGCCCACCUAAGAUACAGGAAAAGAAGUAAAAUAUGUUUAGUCUGCAGACAUUAUGAUGAAUGCGAGCAGCGGUGUGCGACGUGGUCCAAAAUUGCUAAAUUACAUAAACACAUGUUACUUGAAUGUGCAACCAUAAAGUGUCAAAGUUGGCUAUCAAGAUGAAUGUAAUCCGGCGUUAUUGUGGUGCGCGCUCCAAUGUUGAUCUAGCUUCCGUCUAAAAGUCUCUACGGAUCCCGGCAUGACAAAAUCCGCAGGCAAAACAUACCGAGCUGCAACCACUCUGUUGGAGAAGAAGAACUUUCGUGUGUCUCGCACGUAGUUUGAGUGGAUCGCCGCUCAGGUUAGUCUUAGUUGGCAACUCGAAGAAGAAUCCUGAUGCAAGGCAGCAGCCCUGAUUGCGCACGAUGCGGGCAGUUUGUGUCAGGUCUCCACGUAGCUGUCUGUAACUCAAAGGAAAGAGGUCAAGAUUAGCCAAUCGUGUUUUGUAGGGUGGUGACCGCUGCCCAGAUACAUGUUUCGGUGUUCGCCGUUGAAUUUUUUCGAGUAUGCCGAGGCCUUUUCGGUCCAAGGUCUCCGUGCAUGGAUAGAAAACUCCAGAUGGAAUCGCAAAACAGUUCGAAAGACCUUGGCGAAGCAGUCUUUAUUAAAGGAAGUGAACGCCCAUUUGCUUCCGGCAACGUGUGCUUGUGACUUGGCACGCUAGUGUAAGAGGCAUGGACCUGUUCGACCCAAAAUAUCUCAGACGAACAUGUGCCAUAAAUAGACUUCAGUGGGUGGCUUCAUUGCCGACCGAAGUUCGAAGUUGAUACGAGGAAGAUAUAAUGUUGAUGACACCUUACUUCAUCCAUAGUGGCAUAUAUGCACAGCAUAUACGUCCGAACUUUGCAUGGCUACGGCGAAUCGGUGAAGAAAAAGGUAUACAGUUAGUGACUUAACUCAAGAGAUGUUUCAAAAUUUAGGAAUGUUGCUAGUCACUCGCAAACAGACACAACUGCAUGAGUCCAAUGUGCAUGUUAAUAAGGUAUACGUUUCAAAGAAUUAAAAACAUAAAAGAAAUAUUACAGUCAGUGUUGCGUUGUCUAGAAAUGCCGAUGUCUAUCCCGAAAACGUCAAAAAUGGCUUUAAUUUAGUAAACUUCGUUUUUAGAUGUAUAGAAUGUAUUCGCAUACCAAGAACGUAGUAAAUAUGGACGUAGAAAUAAAAUAACGUCUAUUAAUAGUUUCAAUGAAGUUUACAUCUAAAUAUCGUCUAAUAAUUAAUGUGAUUUCAUAUAUAACGGUUUUUCAACUGCCUACAAGCUGAAUCGAGAUUCGCUAAGAGUUUUAUAGUGUUUCGCGUUAUCCUUGACUCUUUUGAGUUAAAUGAGGUGGUAUUCAACAAGAGAACCUGGAUUUUGCCCGAUUUGACCGAUGGGAAGGUCGUAGGAACAGAAGUCUUCAUAAGGUGACGUGCUGUGAGGCCGGUGGGUAUUUAACAAAAUUUAAAUAAAACUGGUAGGCGUGAUCGUAAAAAUACCAUUUUCUGUUUAUAGAGAGAAGGUUUCUUCCGUUAAAUUAAUUUACACUUUUCGUUCGUUUUGGAUUACGUUGAGUUUCAGAUCGUCCUUGAAAUAUUACUGAAAACUUCAUGAUUUUCAGUGUUUCCACCCGAUCGUCUAUAAAGACAGAUUUUGAGUGACCUGUCUGUUAAUAACUUUAAAAUAAAAUUAUUCUUGAAGACAUUUACCGACCUAGUGAGUUUUCAGAUGCUCCUUUUCACGAAGGUGGUCGAAUUGGUCACAUGUGAAGACUCAUUCAAACAUCAAUCAACAUUUUUUAAGAAAAAUGGUUGUCUCGACUGAUGUCAGCAAUGAAUAUGUCUACGAUCAAUAAGGACAGUUUUUUUAUAUGUUACCUGUUUAAGAAGUGCUUUAUUGUCGCACUUCGUUUACAGAUCUCUGUGUAAUUUGCAUUUGUGCAUGGUGAGGCUAAGUAGACAUUUGACACUUUUGGUCGUUUCUUUCACGUUCCUAAUGAAUACCAAUAAUUUUCUAAAGUAAACGUAAGAACAUGCGUUUGUUUAUACAUUGAGGCCAUUUCCAAUGUUUUUGCUUGAAUUUUUACUCCCUUCAUCGAUUAUGAAUGCACAGCAGACUGCCUAUUUAAAUACUGAUAUUUUGCUGAAACUAUUAAUGUUUUGCUCGUUCUAUUUCUGAAUAAGGUAUGCACAGAUGCUAAACUACACGACAAGUACUGCUUCAUAUGUUUAGAGCUGGAAAUGCCCAUUCCGUGGUGGUCAUUUAUGUGACAUCAGGUAGCAUUUUCCAAAAGGGCAAAACUAUUUUAGCCCAUUUAAACAAAGGAAUCCAUAUCUGCGUUAUUACUGCACUUUAGGGCACCAACUCGCACAGAUCUGCUAACUUGACGUUUAGAAAAUGAUAAAAUCUCAGAUUUUCUUUAAAGUACCUUUUGUUAGCAGGUUAAUCACCAUGGCUAACAUCGGACAUAAAAUAAAUUUUCAGGUUCGUCUAAAUGUGUUUAUUAAAACUCUCACGGGAAAAUUCAUAUCCUUCCAAUAAAAAAGUCGCUCAGAUGCGUAGUUAGACCAUUAAUAAAUUAACACUCAUCUUCCUCACGCCGCCCGCAUGUCGAUGUCGGCGGGUUUUGGUCCUUAGAGCUAGGGAAGGGUGGUGAGAGAGUCUUUGAGUGAUGUUCUUGGAUUUAGUACAUGGAGUGCCCAUCAGUGUAUUUAGGGACUUGACGCGGCAUGUCGUGAUCGCUUGAGGUUGUCGUGGGCCAUGGCAGAGAGAGCGCUUGUGUCAGAGCCUUCUGACAGCACAACAUCAGAUUCGCUAGCCGUAUAGCCACUACCUCGGCCGUUGCUAGUAUCUGUUGACGUAGGCCUUUAUAGAAGCUUGUAGGUGGCCGAUGGACAACCUGAAAUGUUUCGCUGGUAUCGACUUGGUGAUUCGUGUCGAUUAAAUGAGAGAGAAUAGAACUUGAAAUCGAUCGAGUCUCACCUUUUUCUAAACAAGCGAGCAUAUGUUCACGCACCCUCUUUACCAGGCGUCUCGCUGUGCGACCGAGAUUGAAGGAUGUGGAUGAGCGAACAAAAUGCGCAACGUUAAAGAUGGCCAGAAAUUCUCGAAUCAGUUUCCGUUAGUAGAUGUCAUGAAAUAGGUCGCGUACUGUAGGUCUGCGUUAUGUCGUCGUCGUCGUCGUCGUCGUCGUCGUCGUCGUCGUCGUCGUCGUCGUCGUCGGCGAGCUGAGUUUGAAGUCACGCACGCACAGUAAGUCAUUGGCAGGCGUGUUGGGCGAACGGCAGGUAGCAUGGGUAACUUAACACCCCGAAGGCCUUGUGGGGGUCACCACAGCGUUAAAUAGGCGAAGCUUUGGCCUCAAACGCAUAUGGCUAUGCCUUUUUGAGAUCACGCGGAGUUACCAGUUUGCCUAGCGACCUGAUAUCUUCCGCCUUUACGUGGUUGGAAAAUACAAUCAGAUUACUACUUUGUGCGUCAUACAAAUCACUCUACAUGCUGCCUUUAAAGGUAAAUUGCAGUGCAUUUCAAGAAAACCCACGUGCAUAUAACGAAAAAUAUGAGCAGCCUGCAUCGCUUAUUUUUUGGUUUUAUUUUCGCUGCCGGCCAGUAGUUUACUAAUUUGACAGCAAUUGCUCCUAAGUUUUGACCGCAGUCUCUGCUAAACGCUGUAUAUCAGACUUCUGCCUACCUGAAUUCAGUUGGCGAUCUCAAGGUCAUAUGUGUGGAUAUUCACUGGGCUAUUCGAAUUACAGGACCGUGUAAGAGACGAAUAUGGGUGUAUGACAAAGCUUAAGGGCAAGCCCAGUCUCCGUAUUCUAUCAUGCAGAUGGAGCGGAUCGGCAAAAACUAAGCCCAUAGAAUUUAGUAUCUCCCGAUCGCAGUAAGUAAGAUAUAGUUCGACAGCUUGACCAACAGACUGCUUGGCUCAGUGGACACCAGGAUGCUGGUGUUUCUGCACUUGGAUUGGUUAUAUCAAGCAUCCAGUGAGUAAUUACUCCACCACCAUGGUAGUCGACGCCAAUUUUGGAGAUAGCAACACCCAUGUGGUCUACUUCAUUACCUUUUUGUUUUUCUGAAAAUUUAAAAAUUGUGGUUUCGAAUCAUGUUGCCAAUUGUUGCAAAAUAUUCCCAACAUAUUUCUACUGUUGAUUAAGAAGGUUGUGCUAAAAUCGCGCCAUUUCAACAACCUGUCUUAAAAACGAUUCGGCCUUUUCGUGAAAUAAUCUUCCGAUGUUUUUGGAUUGGUUAUAACCCGACUGAAAAUGGCAAGCAAUCCGUGAGUAGCUGACCUUAAUUAUGGAGAUAGUAACCGAGACACAAUCCAAUAUCACCACCACACCCAUGUAGCCUACCGGAUAACGUUUUUAUUUUUCUGAAAAUUUAACAAAUCGAGAUUCGAAUCAUGUUGCCAAUCGUGUACAACAUAUUCACAACAUUUUCCUACUGCUGAUUAAGAAGUUCGUGCAAAAAUCACGUCACUUUUACGAACUGUCUUAUAAAACGAUUAGGCUUUUUCGUGAAAUAAACUAGCAAAUUGUUUAUGGCAUUAUCGCAAGAAGGUGACAAACUGAUAUUAUUGUUGUCUAAGUCAAAGUUAAAUAAAAUUUAGAAUAAAAGCGGUCAUUUUAUAACUUGUAUGGAUAUUAGAAGGGCAUCAAUGAUUUUUUAUCGCUGAUUUACAGUAAGCGGGCUAACUCGUGAGAUGUUAAUCGAAAUUCCGAAAUGCGUUUUACUUUCGAAAAGAUUAAAUAAGUAGGCUUGUAAAACUGAUAACCAGGCAGCCUAAUUUAGUAAUAAAUUAAUAACCUCAGGAUGCCAGCUUUUGAAAUAACUCCUUUUCGGCUGUAUACAAAAAAUACUAUGUAAAAAAAUACUUAAAUGGUAUGAAUUUCUCCUAUUGAUUUUCGAUGCCCUUAAAAAUCGAAUCAUAUUUUCAUGGAAAAAACUAAUACGAAUAUUCCUACUUCGGCUCAUUCGGUAGAAAAUUACGUCUUCUUUAAAUGCGGUGCUCAAAAAAUGUGUACAUUUUGGUUUUUAUAGACAUUUUUGAUUCCCGAAUAAUUUUGAAACCGACCUGUCGUUAUAUUUGCAUUCAAGGUUUCCAAACUACAAUCCGUAUAUCUUCUGCCUACGGAAAACCGUAUAUUUUUCUACGAUAAAAAGAGGAAAACAUCUUGGUGCUCAUAAAAUUUAACAGGGGACUUUUACCAUAUUGUGUAACCUUACAAGCCAUGACGUUAUAUGAACGGCCAUUUCACGGUAUUAAAUGAUGUCACAAUCAGCAACUUUUUUAAAACCGAAAUGUACACUUUCUUUGAGUACCGCAUUUGUAGAAGACGUAAUUUUCUACCGAAAGAACAGAAGAAUGAACAUUUUUAUGCAUGCUGCCCAUGAAAUAUAAUUGAAUGUUUAAGAGCGCUGAAAAUCAGAAGGAAAAAUGCAUGCUAUUUCAGUAGUCCUUUAUUAAAGAAUAUGUUUUCUGCAUGUAGCCGCAAAGAAGUUUAUCCGAAGGCCGGCAUCCUGAGGUAACUGAAUAAUUAUAGAAUUGUGCUUCAUGACGACAAGCUUUGCAACCCUAUCUAAUUUAUCCUUUUCGAAACGAAAACGCAUUUCAGAAUUCCGGUUGACAUUUCAUGAGCUAGCCCACCUGCACUACAUAGUCGAGCGUUCGACCUCGUGCUGCUGUUCUCCUCUAAAUUGACCAAUGAAAAUGAAGUUACCAUCUGCGUUACCGCAUUUUUCAAUACGUGCGAUGACGUGUGCUCUCGCUGUCAAGAUUUAUCGACUGUGCGAUCGGGCAAUGGACUUUAUGCUACCUGCAGCGCUGAAACACACGCCUGAAAAGCCCUCCAAACAAUCAGUUGCUUGAGAAGACGACAAGAUGGACCAGGUGGCACACCCGUCUGCGAUAUUUUUGGAUCAUGCAAUUACAUUUGAGAUCCUGCCCACUUGCACGCUCAGUAUAAAGGGCCUUUCUGAGACAGGUCUCACUCACUCCACAAAUAACUCACGUAGACUACUGGUGAGUCCCGUUUGCAGUUUUGGAACGAAUUGCAUUGUGCCCUCAUGGCGAUACUUAUUUUCAAACCGUUUGUUAACCCUUCAGUUUAACAAAGCGUCCAAGUUGGCAUGUAGAACAUGUGUCUGUAGUCAAAUUACUUAUUUUGGGAAAAAUUUCAAUGAGGUUAGUAUCGCGAUAGAGGCGGGAUUACUUGCAUAAUUUCUGACUCAUCUAUAGAUGUUUACUGCCAACCUAGCAGUGCUUAGCCGUAUACACCAGACAGACUUUGUCGUUCUGGGCUGACCUCGUCUCCCUGGUAGAUACGACAGAAAGAAGGGUGCAGUGCGACUUAUUAAAACCACACUCAUCCCCAGAAAGGAUCGAGCUUACUUGUUAAAAUUCACUGGUUUUGGUUGCUCACUGUGAUACCUGUUUAGUGGGAGCAUACGGACGACGGUUCAUAAUUUAUUUUUUUUUCCAAACUGGUCUUUUUAGUAGGCACUCGGCCGACGGAAAUGUAUUUUACAUUCGCUUAUGCUCAAUGUUUGCCGUCCUCAAUAACAUGUUUCCCGCACUCCAAAGUUAGACUUGGAUGAGGAAUUUAGCACAUUUUUAAUUUGGUCAACAAACAGAGUAUGUUAAAAGCCUAAGCACUAAACACAGACGAUGUUGCAUGCCUUUUAGUCUGUAAAUACAAUCCUAUGUCUGAUUAUUUUGUAGACACAUGUACCUAUUAGUGGACAGUAAAUCUCUCACAUAUGUGAGGAGUGUGUGUGUGUGCAUUCAAUGAGUAGUGGCUCUUAGUCGUGGACUGACUGGUUACAGUGCCUUUGAAGGUUGAUGGCCCAGGAAGAUGCAGGGCUGCGUGUCACCCUUCUGGGCAUCAAGGUCUGUUGUGUCACGAUUCAGUAAACCAUGGCCGUCGCAGUCUGUUGAUCGCUGAUAGUUCUGUGACACCCGAUUACCUACGCUCGCGCUCCCGCUGGGUGUACAGGUCGUGAGCAUGGCUGCCCAGUCAUCGCCGUCGUCUUUCUGACUCGUUGUGGCGCUGUUUUUGGUCAAGUGUUUGUUGUGGACCGGGGGAUAUGGACUGGCACGCCAAGGUGAAGGUCCGGCCGUGCCAAUCACCUGCGCCUUCCCUCACUCCCGGUCCUCUUGGGCCUGCACUGACAGCGGCUUCAGGUGGAGAGGAGAGAGUGCGGCAGAUUCCGCGCAAGUCUACUCUUACCAGAGACUGAUUCAUGCGCAAGUUAUCAUGUCUGCUUCACCUUAGUGUGGAGCACAGGGUGGAUAUUUCGGACAGGUUGGUCGAACUGUCAGGUAGUAGCCAUUCAGUAGUUUCUUUCGAAGAUGACAGUUAAGGUGAUUACGAUUUCCUAACUUGGCAGUAUCCACUUUAACGUGAGUGUGUUAUCUACCGACCAGUCCUGAUCGAACCUGAGAUUUCUGGCAGAUCCGCGCAUUGAGGUCCCGGCUCACAAACCGGGAACUGAUAUUUAGACUCCAUUUUUCCUGUCGGCAGUAAUUUUGGAAUGUCAGUAUGUGCUUCAACUGGUCGUAAUGUGCUGUUUUUAUAGUGCAGGUGAUAUGUUUUCAGAGGUGAUUGUUACGCGCAGUAGGUUGACUUACUCACGAAAUGUCAGCCGAAAUUCCUUAAUGUCUUUUCGUUUUAAAAAAGUUUGAUUACGUAGGGUUGUCAAAGUUAUCAUCCUAAAAAGUAAUUUCAUAAUAAUUCAGCUACCUCAGGUUGCCGACAUUCGAAUGAACAUCUUUUCGGCUACAUGCAAAAAGUACAUCCUGCACAAUGACUGCUUAAGUAGUAUGCAUUUUACAAUGAUGUUUCAAAAAACCGAAUUAUAUUUCAUGGUAAAAAUGCAUGAAAAUAUUCCUUCUUUUGCUAGCUCGGAAGAUAACUACGUUUCUUUCAAUUUUAAAGUCGAAAAGGGUAUAAUUUGGUUUUUAACAACUUUUCCAGUUCCUGAAUAGUUUUGAGCUCAACCUGGCAUUACACUUGCAUUCAGGGUUUCUAAACUACAGGCCGUAUAUUUUCCGCGUACGAAAACCACGCAUUUCUCUACGGCAUUAAGAGGAAACCAUACGAGUUUCAUAGAAUGUUUUGGUGGAUUGGAGCCAUAUUGUUAACUUUACAAACCACAUUGGUAAAUGUAAAGUUAUGACGUUUUAUGAACGGCCCUUUAACGGUAUUAAAAAUCUCACAAUACGAAACCUUUUAAAAUUGACUUAUAACCUUCCUUCGAAUAAAACAUUGGAACAAGACGCAAUUUCCUGCCCUAUAAGCGAAGGAAUGAACAUUCUCAUUCAUUCAUAAAAUACAGUUGAAUUUCCAAAGACAUCGAAAAUCAACGCGAAAAAUGAAUGCUGCAUAUGUAGUCUUGUUAAACAGAGUAUAGUUUUUGCAUGCAGUCGUAAAGAAGUUCCUUCGAAAGUCGGCAUCCUGAGGCAACUGAAUUAUUAUAGAAUUAUGCUGUAUGAUGAUUGGUUUUACAAUCAUAUUUAGUUAAUCUUUUCGAAGCAAAAACACAUUUUGGUAGACAUUUAAUGAUUUAGCCCACCAACUCUACUGUCCCCAGUGAUCGCGCGGUUAUCUUCUUUGUAACACUGAAGCCAAAAUGCAGGUGUGCUUGCAUUUAUGCUUUUAUCAGUAGAUUAUCCCAGCGAUAAAUAUUUAUAGAUGCUUUGCGUCGGAAACACCCAUGCCUCUCACACUAGCGUGCCAACGCAUAAGCACCCUUUGACGGAGUCACACAGGCACACCCUUCGCCUAUCGCCACAACUACACCUCUGCACAAGUCGGCUGGAGCAUUUUUUGCACUGUUCGUAUAUCUCCUCCAACCUGUGUGUACCGUGAUGAGGCAUUUCCCGGAGUCGGACUAGCUCGUGCGGAUGAUUGCUGUUCUUACAAGCGACGUUUAGCAUCAACAUGUAUGAUCUUUCAGAGCGGUUUCUCCUGCGUUGAUCAAACAACUAAUAUAUUUCAGGGGGUUAGACAGCCUAUUUUACAACGCAUGGUUUUAAGUGUCAGUAAGCUGAGUAUUUGGAGAAAUCAGUGCCACAGGUUGAGUGAAAAAUCCGCUGUCGGGAACCCCGCUGUCUCAAGGUCAUUCGCUUCCCCAAGGAUCGCUCCCUGAAGCGACAACCUUGCAGUCUGACCAACCGCAACUCAGGAGCAUUCGGAGAGGCACAGCCGUUUCUACACUGACUUGGGCGCGAGACACUUGAACUUGCUCCCAAAAACCAUAAAAAAACUGCCGUCACCACGGACUGCACACACCGCCUCCUUCGCUUUCAGGCCUAAAUAUCAAUGCUUUUCUGAGAGAUAGAGAGAUAGCAACCCAACGCACUAUAUACAAUUCACCACCUUAUCUUGUGGCACCCUGUUUUGUCUUGUUGAUCGGUGCACUGAGGAAUGAUCAUCACUUCGUCCACUAAUCUCACCCAUUUCAGUACUCCCGCCGUAUUUAUUAUUCAUGUGAAUAGCUCCGCGCGAUUCUCUGACAUUUGUUUAAGCCACCUCUUUUGGUCCCUUCCCCACCAGGGGGUAGGCAGGACUGCUAAGAUAUCCUAGACGGUCUUUGUGCUCCGUUAUGGGUCACGUUUUGUUUAGUGGAGAACGAACCGAGUUGGCCUGCAUCUCUUACGGAAUUGAGUCUCGCCGUUUACGUAGGAGUUUUUAAAGUGAAGGGAGGGGAAUGGGAAGUGACGCAGAUUUACCGGGUGUGGGAACACACGCCAACGGUGGGGUGAAAAACCACAAUUACUCGUCCAUGGUCUAUGGAUCAUGUCAUGCGCGAAUGAUGGCAGUGGGAGGGGAGGUUUGCUGCUGGGGCGGCGCACAGGACAGUAAGCUGUGAGCCAGGAUAAACACAUGCAGGACAACACAAAGGACGGUCGGGACAAAGACAAUGCUUCCAAGAGAAAUGAUGAUUGUAUUCAGAUACGGUAUCCAUGAGGAUAUUCCAUGGCAUUUCAUCCUGAUGGAGUGCCCGACAAUCUAGCAACUGGCCAAAUCGGUGAUCGCCCCUACCAUUGUUCAAUCUUUACUGCAACCGACAGGACAACGAGCCAGUGGCUCAGCGGCUAGAGGCGUUUGACUUCUAUCUAGCUGGUCGCUAGAUCGAGGCUCAGGUGUUCCACACUUUGGGGUCGGGUAUGACUGGCUGACCACAGUUAAUAAGCCAGAAAUGUCCAUUCCAUCCUCUGUCGUCUUUGAAAGUAAUAACAUUCUGCCUUUAUCAUGCAUCGCUGUGCGGCCACUGGUUGUGCUGAAGAGGGAGCCCGUAAGGUACAACGGAACCAGCGGUUUCUGGAGAAACUACCGGUGAGCGACCCUCUACUUCUCUACCCCCUUUAUUCACGAUCAGUUGAUCUCCGUUUUUUGCUUCUCCGCUGGCACACGACUUGGUACACGAUAGUUUCGAAUGAUCAUUUGGUAAUAAAGCACCUAUUUAGGGCGAUAAUUGCGCCUAAACUCUUUCAUCCAGAAAAUCAUUAUGCAUGCAUUACAAGCCACAAGAUAAUGCAUAUGCGAUUAACAUUCUAGCCCGCAUUAGAAUCGUACACGACUGCCUAGAUGCCUGCAACCCCAUUUCUAAAUCAUUUUCUUCAUCCCCCCUUUUUACUAGACAAUUCGAUUGGAAAAUGUGCUGCGUUGUUGCACAGCUCCUGAAGGUGGCUCUUACAGUUCUGCACCUCCUGUUGGUCGUAAGUCAUGUCUUGUGCCUUGCAGUACAUACCACUAACAAUACGUCGGCUUACCUGUGUGCCCUUUUUAACGGGGGCUACAUUUUGUGGUAAAGUGCCUGUUCCAGCGAUCGCGUCUACAUUUUCUCAAAGUUCAGACAAUCGUCAGGUGCUGUGGCAAAUGCGGUCUUGCUUCAAGCCCUAGUGGAUCACCUAAGUGCAUGGACUCUGCCACUCGGAGCGAUCUGUCUAAAUCCUCGACCAAUAAAAUGCUUGCCUUUACGUUUGUCCAAAUUACAGCAUGCAUCGACAGUGUGCCUGUUGUUGUUUGUACGCCAGUGAACGUUCUAAGUGGUAUUCGGAACAACUGUAGCUUUCCAACUCCUGUUCUCUCCUGAUGACAUGUUGCUAUUGACUCUAUUUCAUGCGAGGCAUAUGUGGCUACUGGACUGCAACUCUGAUUUACCAGUUUCUGCACUCUUAGAAUAAAAACUGCUACCGCUGUGGCUGUGCAGAUGGCUACGCAACUUGAGAGGGAAUCUUUGAGUUGGAGCUGGCUCAGGGCUCCGUCCAGAUUAAACGGCCUAGAUUAUUCGGGUUGUCCACGCUGUCUAGUUCGUUCACGAACCACGUACCUCAGCCAGCGGGCCUGUCAGAAAUCCCGGGUCGUUCUCGGGGAUGAACGAGAUUAAGCAUCCAAGACGCUCCCGUCGGACAUAGCCGCUAAACGCUACUACUGCGUCGGGGACAGAGGGCUGGACAAUAUGUUGUGCGUUAAGUAGAUCGCUCAGUGAACGUUUUCCGAAGCAAACAGGGUACGAGAGUGUGACAGUGGUCUUGGACAGGCAACAACAAAACAGGUAAAAUUAGAUCAAGAUAUGAUCGCAGAGGAGUUGUGAUAGACAAACAUCGCCGUCACCACUAAUCUUAUCAUCUGGUUUGUUUUCUGUAAGAUGAAGGUGCAACGGCAGAUCGGGUAUUUAUUCAUUCAGGAAUGGGCACACUGAUCCAUUGCCUUCCCAAGGCAAGCAAGAUCCGUAUGGGUGGCAAAAGUCACGCCUAAACAUUUUUAUACAGAAUGUGUUUGGGAAACGGUAUAGAGAAGGAUCCCACUUAGCUGUCAGUAGACUGUGGAUCGUACCAUAAGGGGUUUUAUCUUGGCAUGCAUUUUCAGGCUGUUGCAGAAAUUACAACGCCAGCAACGACUACUUCCCACGACCUCACGCGUUAAUUCAGAAGUCAUUAUUUUCUGAAGUUACUCAUUGUUUAUUGUUUAAUUACUUCUCUCAUUACCAUUGUCGUACAGAAGCGUAGAAUAAGACUUUCGGCAUAAAUCCAGAGAAUUUCCGUUUUUUUCAUAUUUUUUCAGCUUACUGUUUAGCAUGCUGCCUCGCUUAUAAAAAACAGUCGUUACCCGAGGUUCUCGAUCUUGAAAUUAUUCAUGUAAUUAGUAUGAUUAGAUCGUUAUUCGAUCCAAUUGGAGUACAGAGCGUGCUUGCUCAGUUGUGUAUUUAAUGAAAAACAACAAUGGAGACUGAGCUGAGUAUCUUCGAUCUCAACUGAAAAAAGGAACGUGAUUAAAUGGCAACUUAUGCUGUUUUACGCAUUGUGAGCAGAAAGCGAAAGUAAGCUAAAACUGAGCGGGGAGGUUUGUGGGCAUUUACUAAUAUCCACAAGUCAGAAAUGACCACGGCUGUGUUUGUUUCAUUUGUCCCCCAUAAAAUUCGAUUAAAGCCCGUUUACACGCAUGUGUGUGCCUGGGUAUUAUUCUACAAAUUCUCCAUUUCAGAUUGUCUUUGGUAUCCUUGCUGUUGUUGGAGCACUACUCAAAUCUGGAAAACUGACAAAGAGCAUUGUAGAGAAAAUCUUUCCCGGUGAAUCUAUAGACGAUACUCAAAAGGAAGCGUUGACAGUGUUUGUGAACAACUCCCUCGGUAAGUCGACUGCAGUGACAAAUUAAAAUGUUUUCUUCAUUUAUUCAGAUGCAAAAGGUAACCAAAGUUUAAUCUCUCUUUCUAGGCUCUGUCGGCACCAUUAUCGUUUCGGUGGGCGUCGUCUGCCUGCUUUUCUGCCUCUUCGGUUGGAUCGCCUCCUGUUGUCCAUGCGGUAUAUUGUUAAAACUUGUGAGCAGUGUCCCAGUGUGUCACAUAAAUAUCUCGAAGGGAGGCGAGAGGUUCCUUGGGCUUUUAAUUUAUCAAUGCUACUUUUUUCUUUUUAGUACGCCGUUCUGCUCGGGGUCAUCCUUGUUAUGCAAAUUUCAUUUACCGGCUACGUAUUUGGAAGCCCUGACUACGUAAGUGCACUUAAAAUAUGCCUCUUCGAUUGCAAUUUUUUAAUCGAUUGGCCAGUUAGGUAAAAAGGGGUUGUUUAAACUACUAGAGAAACAAGGAAGAGUCCCUAAAGUUUUUCGUGAUUUUUAAGAUUCUUUUAAUGUACGAAAUAACUUCGUUUAUCUCUUACCCGCUUUGAUGCUGUUUAUUUCACCCAAUUUACAACUUAUUAUUUGUUCAUUCGAAACAGCUUCCAGGUCGCGUUUUUGAGCUGAUGAACAACGCGCUUAAGUCGUGUAUUAAAGAUUCGAACAAAAACCCAUCUUGUCAAAUUUGGUUUCUGGUUAUGACCGUAAGUUGACCAUUUUUACUGAUAUUAAUGGCUGAACAUUUAUAAACAAACUUUGUUUAUGAAAAAUGCUUUUAAUCGCUAAAACAAGUGAAAAUAUCUAAUGAAUACUUUUAAGUAUGCUCCGCAAAUAAUGAAACCCACAAAUAAAUGAAUCCCCGAAUGCAGUGCUGAAAAAAGGCGAGGAUCAGCUGCACAACACUUAGAAUGUUUUGCAAAAAAUGUUGUUGCAUACAUGAUUACCGUGACGAAGUUUGGUUAUGUGUCCACUUUAUUAACAAAUCCGUAAUGUCUGUGAAGUUGACCAUAUUAAUAGGAGACGCAACUGUCGGAUUCAAAUUUAGCUCUGUUUUUCCGAAAGGAUAGCGUUAAUCAUGUUGUUUACGAAACUUUUUACUCAGUAAUAAUGGCUAUGUCUGAAUUGCACAAUAGCCGAAAUAGGUGUUUUACGAACCCGUCAACAGUAAAAAGGGUUUCAGUUAUAAGCCUAAAGUAGGAACUUCUCUCGACACAGUAGGUAAACUGAAAGAUAAUACAUUUGCUAGAGGUUAAACAGUAUUUGUGGUAGCAAGUCGAUUAUCGCAUAAUAUGUGCGCGAUAACUUCAUUUAUUCUUUCUCAGAGUUUGUAUUUUUGGUUGUCUUUUUCCAGAAAGGUAACGAUAUCCUCGAAGUUAAUGUUCAGUCAAUUGCCCAGUCUUAUUUCCAGUGUCGCAUACACCUAACGUUUGGAAUAUUCCUCAUUGUUUUGCUCGCACGGCCAGUAAUUUUCUUACGACAGCAGUAAUUUUCUUAUAUUUUUUAAAAGUAGUAUCGCCGACGAACAUAGAAUGAUAAACUUAAAUAAGGAUGCCAUUGUCGGAUAGCACGCAAACUACUACUAAGAGAUUUUGUGCUAUAGUCCUGUUAACAGCUAAUGCCAUCGAUCUUACAUGUGUGGUCUCAAUAGACACUAGGCUUAAAUCUCCCGAAUCGAAGUUACACAGAUAAAUAAUAAACCCGUAAGUUGGAAGUGCGUUCUUAGUUUAAGUGUAAAUUGGUUUUCACCAGGCCAGCCCGGAAAAAAAGGAUUCGGUAGUGAUAUUUGCAUUCAGACUUUGGAAUGACCAGAACGGGCGACUUAGCUGAAUGCUAGAGGACAAGUUUAAAAAUUUUUUUUCGACUAAAUAUCAGAUAAGACAUUAUUAUUUGACAGAACAAUGUCCUGUAGUCUAAGAAAGCGCGUUAACUCUGUUUAAGCCCCGACUUAUUCAUUUGCAGAGCAAUGACGAUAUCUGCUGUGGAUUGGGCGGCUACAAGAAUUUCACAGGUAAGUUCCUGGUUAUUCAUGACCUGCAGAGCCCCACGAAUAUUUUUGUUAUUCAAGUGCGCCUGAUUUAUGUUAUAUGAAAUGUUUCUUCCUAAAAAGAUUUAGGAAUGACACAAUUGCCGGGACCCUGCUGCACAAAAGACGCCGAAAACUUGCCACCCUCCUGCGAUGCCGAAACCGCUAAGAACGCAAACGUGCCUGGUUGCACGGACAAAAUAACAGCCUUUGUCGAAGCUGCCGAAAACAAAAUCCUACCUAUUCCCAUUGUACUAAUAUUCCUUCUGGUAAGACCCCAUGUUUCUUAACGGCACCCUGCGUAGUAUGGGAGAGAACGAAAUACGCUCUUCUGGAAUUCUGGCGUCUAAGCAGUGUUUUAGGUAAUGAUCGGUUGAAGGACCCCAAGCAUCUGUGGCCAUACUUAUUUAACUGGGUUUUAGUCCAGUACGAUUAUUUCGGUUUGGCGUUUCAUCUUUCAAGGAUAGAUCGUCUGUUGUGGACGGGCUGGUGGGUUAUCAACAGUGACCUCAGCUCUGAGAGCUGAGAACCGAUCGUUGUAGACACUUAAUGUUUAUUUUAAUUAAUUGUCCUGCCCAAUGUCGGUUGCUGUAUAUCAAUGCAUAACCUUUUUUCCGCCCGAAAAAUGAAUUUACUAAUUAUCUAUACUUACUUUGCCAUUCCUCUAUGAAUACAUAGGUCCCACCCGUGAAAGCCCUACUACCCCUUUCCCCGUAAGACAGGCACCUUGUUUGGCCGUGUGCAUGUUUGGAGUUCUUCACCCGAUCGUUGCCGUGUUUUAAUUCGCCGCGCUACAAUUACUAGACCGAAUUUUGUUAAGCGGCUGAAGACAGAUGACAUGAGUUUAACUUCGCAGCUACGAAGAUAAUCGCCCACACCGGGAACAAAACAGACCGAGAAUUGAUUGAAGUCUGGGUCUCAAAUACGAACUCAGUAAAUCGAUUUAUCGAUCUGGUGCCGGUGCAUAGAGCCAUGUGCAGCCACCUCCAGUCCUGCGCCAUCGACCGAUGAUCGACUAACACAUCAUAAUAGCCAUCGAUUUUUCUGCUGCUGCUGCUCUCUCUUGAGAUCGACUUCUGUACGCAAUAGAAAGCUCAGAGCAAUCAACAGAAUGUUCGGGUUCUUGGUCACCUUUCUUUUUAACUUACGCAUACACCUGCAAAUCGAACUUUUGCCUUCAUCUGAUAUAUCCAUGAUAAGCAGAAGUAUGAGUUGAUCUCCCAGACACCCGUGAUCGCUGAGGAGUUCAGAACAUGUCCCAACAAUGCUAGGUCGUGCCUAAAGGACAGACAAGUGGUUGCAGUUGUUUACAUAGGUUUGUAAAGCAAGCAAAAUGCCGAAUACUCAGGUGGUCUGUCCGGUCUUGAAUACCUUGCUGUCGGACCGACGUAGACGACCGCAUGCCGCACGGAGCGUGUUCGGCAGGAGGAUUAGGGACCCGGAGGUAGAUGCGUUGGACAAACCCGAGGUUAAGUCGACGUCCAGCAGGUUUUAUUUGAAAUAUGAAAACACAACAGGUGUCAUCGCCCGUAGUGUUGUGACACGGCCAUUUGCAGUCUCACACAGCGCCAAUUGGGAUCCAGGAUGCCCACGUUUUUUGUUAUUCUUGAAAAUCCUGGGCAGUAUCCAUUGUAACCCAGGUGGAGUAGUGGCACACCAAUUUUCGACUAUUGCCGUGCCGACUACUUGCGCCGUCUCCCGCUUCCCGUCUUUUUCGCUCACCUGUGACAUUGGAACAAGGUGGGAGAUGAGAAGGGAGUGCGGUAGAUGCAACGCAAGUCUACCAGCACUUUAUACUAAUUCACGCGCAACUCGCCGUCCCUCAACUCCAUCUGCUGUGGAACAGACGACUGACAUCGCUGAAAUCGACUAUGGAGCUGCCAGUGAGACAUACAUGCACGGCGUCUGGCACAUUUUACCUCACCAACCUUGCUCUGAUGUCCAGACAAAAAACAAGAUUACGGGGGAUGGACACCGUGUCUGCCGCACAUGACGUUUCCAGAACUGCACGGUAGUGACAACUUGGAGGUGACUUAGGCGAGAGUGCCACUAUGGUCACACCAGGAACGGUCCACUAGACCCUGACUGUUUGACCAGAGAUCACCUAAGCUGUUUGGAAACGUUUCCAGCUACGACUUUGAACUCUCUGGGGUAGGUAUAAGCACGCAAGUAAGGUAUACGCUUGAAGUAUCUCUGUCAGGACUUUUGAAAGUAAACCGAGUUUGGAUGGCACCAUUUAUGAUUUCCGGAAGAUGAUACAUCCGGUUAUUUACCACGUGAAACAAGACAUCAAAUAUCCAACCAUAUAUCACACAUUUGUUCAUGCAUUAGAAUGAUUUGUAGGGUUUAAUUUUUUCCCUAAAAGCGCACUUAAAUUUAGAUUGAGUAGUAAAGGCGCUGGUCAGACGCAGGUCAUUCAUUUAGUUUUAAAUUUUCUAUUUUCUGACAUCGAAAUACUAGCAUGGUUUGGAAAAGGUACUCAGUGAUCAUUUCUAUAUUUGAGGGAGUCUGGAACAUUCUUGUGUAACAUUUUAUUGAUGGUAGGGCAUACUCAGUUUUUUUCCAGGAAAAAAAUUGUUUUGGUCAAUUUCAUUGCAGUCCGCUUUCUGGAUAAAACCUAAAGUAGUCUCCUAGCAGUUUCCUCAAAAUACUCUUCACAUGCAAGGAACGGUCAACUUAGAAUGUCCUUAGUAAAUUUACAACUAUUCGGAUAGCGCUUGUGGACAAUUCUUACGUCAUGCAGCGUAAGUGUCCUUGAAUUGACUGCCCCCGUAAUUUCGAAUUAAGUGCUCGCGUUUGGAAAAGCCGGAUGUAUAUGCUCUUAAUACAGAAACUGGUUUGCGGUUUCACAACACCUUCGUUGGUGUGACCGCAUAUGAUGUUUCAUUUUAAGGACCUUCGGAAAGUUGUACCUGAACAAUUCUUUUCUAAACAAUUCUAAAGAUUUUCUUGCAUUAGGGCGACACUUGCUAAUCUAAUAGUUAAGUGAUUUCUCCCCCUUCCCUGAAAAUGCCUCAUGUGCUUCAUGACUUAGUUAAUUUCUCGACCAAAAUCCUGUUCAGAGCUUAAAAUUUACAUGGUAAAAUAAGCAUUCCCUUAUGAAUUUCAGUGGUUCAGUGACACCCCCUUCUACGUUCUGACUAGUUAAAAACUCAAAGUCGAAUGAUUACCGUAGUACAUUAUAAAGUCCCUAGUUUAAUUGCGCCAUUUAAUUUCACGCAUCAGCCUAUUAACUAGGUGGCUUAUUCAUGAAGUAUGUUCAUUCGUAAGAAAUAUUUAACAAGGAAAAAUGGGAUUAUGAACGACCUAGCUAGGUCAAAUUUAAGGUCGUGUCGUAAAAAGUCAAAUUCUUUUAAUUUAAAGAUAGACAGAGCAGAUCAAUCUCAAUAGGCCAGUAGGUCAGUAUAUUUUAAGAGUAAUAGGCAAUGCCUUUGAAAAACCCUAUUGAAAACGAUACAUUCAAUAUCUAACUUUAAGUAAACACGGUACUUACAUGUUGUCAGUGAUAUAUAACUCUAUCCAAUUUCAGCUUGCUCUCCAGGUCGUGGUCAUUCUCGCAGCCGCAUGCUAAAUAACAGUCCUCGCUGGCUAUUUCAAAAAAACGGAUAUGCAAUUUGUACAGAUUAAAAACCCCUUCCUCUGGAAGUACCAAAUAAACUCCUUUUCACAUUAAGGAGAAUCUGCAUUGACUUUUUCUAUGAGACGCAGAGCGGCGUACAGACCUUAACAGUUGCAGAUAACCUCUGAAUCGAUGAAGACGUUCUGAAAUGAAGUCUGAUGCAGUCUGGGAAGUACAAAGUGGGUCGAUGUAAUACUGUUCUUCUCAGUCACUAGCACGGCGCUCGCAUCAGGAACGCGGAGGAAUUUUGCACCCUCACAUGUUUACAAAAGAAAGUUUCAUUGAACAAUUCGACAGAAGGCAUUAAUGGGAAGAUUUCAUGAAUUCCGGGAAGCGCAGGAACGGUCGGUAGUUUUGGAAAGUUUUGAAAAUUGCUGAUAGAAGCGGACAAAGAGUUCCAGUUAGCAGUUCAGAAGAUGAAGAUGCGUUUUAAAAUGUUUUGAAAAUGUCAGAGGCUCAAAUGUACAUACACGUCCUCAGUUUCGUUCCAAUUCAGAGAAAACGGAACUUGGUUUUGUGUCUGUUCAAUAGAGCCACCAGAAUUUGCACCUCAGAUACGACCGAUUACGAGCUUACUUUCCUAAAGAACGUUUUUCUUGCAAACGGGUAUCCGAAAAAAUUCAUCGAUAAAUAUCGCCAUCCUAGACAAGAAACUCCUGAAUAAAUAUCGGUACCUAAAAAGUCCGUGACCAUCUACCUCCCCUUCAAGUGUGAUAACGUGUCAAACGUGAUCAAACGACGACUUCGGUGCACUAUCGAAAGGACGUAUGCCGCCUCUAAAUUGUUGUUCAUAAGCACCACAACCGCCAUCCCAGUUAGACCAGCUAUAGACAUUUUGCCUAUGCACGUCACACCAAACUGUAUUUAUGAGUUUACAUGUAGUUGCGGAUGCAAGUACAUCGGGCGCACGCAAAGGCAAUUGGCAGCUCGAUCAGCUGAACACAAAUGCGAAGUGGCUGCUUAGGGCAGAAAAUAAGGUACCCAGCAGCUCAAUAACAAAGCACCUAGUGGACACGGGCCAUUCGGUGGACCCAAUGGUUGCAUUCCAGUUCCUGUUUCGGGCGACGACCGGGCUUCUCUUGCGCUUUGCAGAGGCCGCUGCAAUACGGAGGAGGAAACCAGAACUCUGUAAGCAGCUGGACCAUGUGAUAAACCUGGCACUGCCAUGGUAAUUAUCGAUUAUGGACGAAACCCUGUUCCCAUGUGCGCCCUCUCAUUUAGCCCCCACCCGCCCUCCUCUCCCCGGCAUGACUGAAUGCUCCCCGCAAGUUGCACUCUAAAUCACGCCGCACAAAUUCUCUCAUACUUGAAUGACUUCUCUCCCCCACCCCCCUUUGCCAUAUGCACCCGCAUACUAGACCCAUGUUUCGGGUUACCUAUCACGUUUUAUCUCUCUAGGUCGAUCGUUGAUUGAACAGUUUGCUUUGUCAUAUAACUAUGCGAUGACCGUGUGCAGCUGAAUGAGAGGUCUCGAAAUUUAUGACGUCAGUAAAUUCUGCAUGCUUUGUCGCCUUUGCCUUGUUCAAAUUUAUUCGGGGAAACCAUUGCUUCAAUUUACGAUUAUGCACAUUAAUCUGCAAAUGUAGCCACUUUCUAGAUUCCUUGUUCCCGCGACUGAAUGCGUUCUAUCAGCGGAGCACUCAUACUUCAGUAGACAUCAUUCGUGUUUGGGCGUUUCUGAGGAUGUAUGGUUUCAGCGUUAGCUUGUUUACCAGUGAUCGAAGCCUCGAGAUUACUAGUUAAUUUGUUUCAUGAAGGCAAAUUUCCAAAGCAGUAUGCUUUGUUAUUGCAGGAUGGUCCUCAGCUAAUUUACUGCGGAGGCAUGGUCAGAUUUUGUUAAGCAGCCCAAAUGGAGCCAAAACGUCUUGGGUCGCAUUAGUUGCAAAUUAACUACGGCAAAAUGGAUAACGGAGUAAGACACAUCCUGGUAUCUCUCUGUGGAGUGCAAAACAAAAGUUAAGAAGGUAGAUGUGUUAUCUCAUUAAGUUCUGACUGAAUAUCUGAAGUGUGUUUUCGACUCCAAAGUAUUACUUCAAGAGAGUUUUAAUAUUAGUUAUCAUUAGUUUCAGUUUGUUUGCGGGAAGCAUAGGUGCUGAACCUUUGAACUCCCUGUUUCUUGCAAGGAAGCGAACUAUAUCAAAGAUAUGAAAAUGUAACAUCAAACAGCUACAGAAGUUUUUCAGAUUGGCAAAGUUUUCGAAACCAGGCAGAUAAACGACUAGUUCCAAGUGUUAAAAACGUUAACGUUAUUAAAUUUGCUGUACUGCAGUUCGUCUAUGUAUAAUUGGCGCUAUCCAGUUUCUGAGGGAGACGAAUUGAAUGCCAAAUCUCAAAUUUCACGUGCCUGUUACAUUAAAAAAAGUUACUGAAAUACAGGCAGUAAAAUAAUAACAUUAGUAAACUGUUUGAGCGAACUGCUAAGACGAUAUCGGUCAGGUGACAUUAUGACGUUUAAUGAUACACUGGUCAAACUUGCGCUUAAAAGCCUCGACGGAGGUGUACAUGACGACAUCUGCAGGCAGAGCAGUCCAAGCCUCGAUCACUUUGUUUUAGAAGAAGAACUUCCUCAUACCUAGCUAUUUUAGUCACGUUAGGAUGCCGACUUCCCAACGAACUCCUUGUCGACCCCUUACAUAAGCUACACAUCAUGAAAGGCGAUUACAUGGAUAGCGCGAAUUUUUAGGAUUAAUUAGAAAGCGUACGUAAAAUACUCUUUCUUGUAUUCGUUUGGUAGGUAUUAUGUAUUCUUUCAAUUCUGCAUUUGAAGAAAUACUGUCCUUUGACUAAAACAACUCUCUCAUCUUCCAAAUAACUUUGGAAUCCGACCUUGCGUUACAAUUGCAUUCAGGGUCUUUAAAACUACAAGCUGCAUGCUUUUUGUGCAAGGAAAAUCAAACGUUUUUUAGGUUAUUAUGAAAAGAACACUAAGGGUCCACGAAAGUUUACAAUGAUAAUGAACCACAGUUUCCACUUUAUAAGCAGCAUUAACGAAUGUGCUGGCGCAAUGAGGUAUGACUGUGCGCUUCACGGUCUCACAAGUAAAAACAUCUUUAACAUCAAAGGGUACUCUUUGUUCGAGUGGAUCCUCAAAGAAAUCGUUCUUUGCAAUCAUAUGAGUAGAAGAAAGGAUAUUUUGUGUAUGUUUUCUAUAAAAAAAUAUUUAAAUUUAUAAGGUUUUCAUAAACUAAUGAAACAAAUUCAUAAGAAAUAGUGGCGAGCGAACGUUGCUUUCAAUAACUUCUUGUCAAGCCAUUAAAAUUAUUUGGGACCGGGGUACAGUGAAUGAAAAAAUCGAUAAAAGUUAGGUUUUAAAUUACAGGCUAGACAAGAGCGGAAGGGCGUAGAAACUUGUGCGGGGUUAGUCAACCUUUGACCACGGUAAGCGCGGAGCCUGAACAAGGUUCUUCUGGGCGCAUAGGGUCGGUCUUCGUAACCUUAUGGCUGCCGCUUCUGCUGAUGCUAACAGGCGCUGGCCCAGUAGCUUAGGGUAGCUCGAGGGGACCUUGUAAAUCACACUAAAUGCUUCAGCGGGAUCCACCUGAUGCCGUGAAUUCACUGCAUGCGCAAGGAUGGCGCUGUCUAUUCUCCUAGUUUCACCUUUUGCAAGAAAUGGGGGAAGGUGCUCUCGUAUCAUUGUGGAAAGGCGAUGACUCGUGCGACCAAUAUAACCUGCUCCACAGGAGCAAGUGAAUGAGUAGAUGCACAUUGAGGCGGUCUGAGCUGGCAGCCUGUCCUUGCAUUCUCCGCGAAAAAUAGGGUUAGUAGGGAAUGAUGUGCGAACCCUUGCUGCUGGGAAGGUUCCCGAGGCAGCUUGGUGAAGGUGUACUCUUAGAAGCUCACUUGCAGCGUCUCCUUGGAAGAGGACUUUGAGGAACAACGUUUUCUUUUCGGCGGCCAGUGUGGUGGGUUUUGCGAGUCGUUCGGCAGGGUUCUUUGCGAUGAACCUGUCAGGUUACCCGUUUUCGCGAAGCAAGUCCUGGAUUUUUCUAAGUUCCCCCUGGAUACUACCUGUUGGACAGAUUUUUAUAGCCCUUUGUGCCAAACACCUGACUAGAUAUCGUUUUUGUUGGAGAGGCACGAAACUAGCGAAGUUCAUGUAUAGUCCAGACCAGGUAUUCUUCCGAUAGACGCUCCUUCGGAUGCUGCCGUCAUAUAUCCUGUUUAGAAGGACAUCUAAGAAGGAAGGCGAACCGGCCGAUUCCAUCUCCGAAGUAAAUUCGACCGAUGGAUGUGCUCGGUUUACAGCAUUUAGGAGGGCAGCAACGUCGGUUUCUGUGGUUUCAAUCGCAAAGAUAUCAUCAACGUAGCGACCGUAAUGUUUGAGCUUUUUGAUCUGAUCGCUUGGUUAAAAUCUCUCCAGCCUGCCCAUGAAGACGCCGGCAAAUUUAGUUGCUGAUUUUACGGAAUUUGGUUUACACAGGUAGUUGAUAAAGAGCUAAUUGGAAAGCUGGUAUCUUGACAUGAGAGAAAUCUCUUAGGACCAAGCUACACGGUAGUUGCUAUUACAACCCUACUAGGGCGAGCUUUUAGAAUUAACGAACACCUCAGAAUUUUAGUCAUUUCCUGAGAUUGCACACCUGAUGGCCAAUGGAAGGAAACAGGAGCCUAUCUAACCUGAAUUCUCGACUAUUGUCCUGCACAAAAAGUAAGAUGAGACAAAGUAUGACAAAACGUUGCGUUAAUAGUACUUUUAGGAAAUGGUGAGACAUCACCCUGCCUGACAGAUAUUGAUCCACCUGACCUUUUUAAGAUAUUUUUAUUUUAUUGUCACAGACAGGAGAGCGAAGGCACAACUGGGCAGAGGAUGAUAGUUUGAGGGAAGAUUUGGGUCAUUCGGAGUAGGGACUGCCUUUUCAUUUAAUGAAUUUAAAUCAACAUUCAUAUGUGCCAGUUGUGUUACGUUAGCCAGUGAGACGCCUAUGAUCCCUCCAAAAGCCAACAAAGGAAAGAGGUAAAAGCGGAAGAAUCAAGCCGACUAAGAUAUCAAUCUUUCAGUCUGGCAGUUUUCCUUUCAAUCAAAAGGCUAAGGCCCUUUAAAUCAUUACGCUUUCGUAGUCAAUUGAAGACUUGCUUAGGACGCUUUAGGCAUCUGAGACAUGAUAAAGAGACACUGGUCGAACUAUAACAGUUACAGUGGGACAACAAAUAUCAGAGCUUACACCCAGAGUUUCCUAAGACAGCUAGAACACAAUACUUUGAGAAAUUCUGGGAUAAUACUAGAAAUUGAACCCUGAAGUAUAUAAAUUUUUUUCUGAGAAUGUGUUGCGGAGAGAAAUUCCCAUUUAAAAGGAGACGAGGGUACGAUCACUGGGACGGUAGAUUUAUUGGCCUGAGCUUUGGAACUCCAACUGAAGUUCAUCAUCUGAGGCUGCUAGAUUGCAACAACGUGUGAACAUUUAUAUCGUUGUUCCGUGAGGGGGGGGGGACUGCGUCCGUGGCUAGAUCUGGUUUAUGCCGCCUGUUCCACGAUGGUCUCCGACGUGGUGACGCAGUUUGUACUUCGCGAAGAUGUGAGCUGCGCAACCUGGCUGCGUGGGCGGAGAGAGUGACUGUUUAUAGAGUUGGUGUCCGACACUUACGCCUCCAACAGUUCUCGCCCCGUCUUGCUGCCGGCUGGCACUAAUAUCCGCGUGUUGGCGAAGUCAAACUCAUGGCUUUCCUCCAGCGUGUGAGUGGCGACUUGAGAUAGUGGGUCGCCUCUUCGAACGGCCCGUUCGUGCUCAAGUAUUCUUCAGCUGAUACGUCGUCCUGUCUGGCCUGUGUAGUGGCAAGGACAGUUUUGACACAAGAACCUAGGCUGCGCAUAUACUCUUCCAUUCGUAAGAAAUUCCCAUUUCUGGUCAGGUUUCCAACUUGCGCUUAGAAGUGUAGUUGACCUGCAGAAGGUCCAAUAGUACAGAGCAAUUGGAAUAGGACAACGGAGCUUUACCUUUAACACUAAAAAACCUAGGGUCGAAAACCAAAAUGUGGCCAACAUGGAAGAGGGCGUCCGCUCGAGUAUUAAAGGAAAUUUGGUCAAAAAAGCUUCAUAUAGUUAUGGGGCGGAGGUUUACACCGUCAAAAUCGCCACAUAUAUGAACAACAUGUUUACAGGACAACAGAACUAGUUUUUUGCAAAGAAAUUUUGGACAAUCGGACCUUUACAGACAGUGGGGGUUAGACAAAUACUAGGAAAUAUCAUCUAACGAAGAUUCUUCUAAUCUGCCACAAUAGCGGGUCCAGGUUAGGAAGGGGGCGAUUGAGUGCGGUAGGUGCUGCGCAAGUCUACUCCCACUAUCAGCGAUUUCGCUCGCUAGCAACGGUCCCCCCCCGCUGGAAGACAUCACCAAAGACAACGAUCGAACUGCCAUAUGUCAGACAGAGACGCCACCUUGCGGCAGUCGUCGGGAAUAGGGUUCACAGAACUGAUCUUCCGUUCGCCGUCGCUUUCUACCGUUAGAGCCUCCACACUUUGAGAAGCAUUUCUAAAUGCCCGCAUGCCCUAGGAGUUUGUGUGACCUUUCCCAAAUCCCGAAUCACUACGGAAUCCUAAAACCCGAAUUCAUCAGACUGAAGAGUUAGUGACUAAAAAUCGCAAUUCAUGAGGUACGUAGGCCCUGCUCUGCCUUAAGAGAAGACGAUUUUUCCGAAAACGCAGGCGUCCGAAUUGUGUCAGGCGUGACGGCAUUGACCAAGCCCCCUUUGCCAGUCGAUAGGAUGUGUCACGUGUGACUCCACCCUUGGCUUGGCGACACCGUGACUCCGGUGGAUAUUUUAGUCUCUAUUAAUUGGCUGCCAUCCGGUGUGAAUCAAACGAACGCGGACACAUUGCGUUGACACAAGCCGGUCUUAACCAUGGUGGGGCAGUUUACCACCAUUGACCUCGCGGAUGCUUCUAGCUCCUCGCCCCAGUAGAGACUAUCUUCAAAAUAUCGCCUUACGUAGUUAUUAUUAGGAGAAAAUCUGUUCUUAUCAUAACUAAUUACUUUGUAGAAUUUGAAGGCUUAGCUCUGCAUAUUGUCAUCAAAACAGCCGUAGGCAUGCAUCGAUUAAUCAGAAUUCUUUAGGAAGGAUUUUUAGUCAUGUAAGUUUCGGGGAAAUUUCCUCUUAAUUGCAUCGCAGUGAGAAGAUACUGUUUAUAAAACUACAUCCAUUUUUAAAUUUCCCUCUAUACAUUCUUGUCCGGUAUCUAGCGUCACCGUUCAUUUAAUGGAUCAGGCUAACUGUCUUUUGAGAUAUCACUUUACAGUCUGUGUGCCAACAUGUGCAGAAACCAUCAUGGUUUUAUCGAUCGCGCUCGAGUUUACCGUUUUGCGCUGCUUGCAUCGUAGACACGCACUCGCCUGCAGAGCAGCUCACAGUCAGUGGCUUAAAGCACUGACGAGACGAAUCACUGGUGUUAUUUUAGACUCCCGCAACUUCAUUUAUAUAAAGCCAUUUUUGCUGUAAGUCUCAUACGCACUACGAAUGAUCUAGGCAUACUAUCAGUGAGUCAUGUUUAUGGGUUUAAAAUAAAGUGUAUUUUACAUUCCGAAGAAUGCGCCUUUAAAGGGAAAUUUGACGCAUAGGACUGUCGACUGCCUUUAUUCUGCCGUUAGAAUGGAGUUUCACUUCCAGUGGGGAUAGGCUUGACUUGGAUUGACUCCCUUUAUGGCUCAGACGAUUUCACCAAGGUCGCAUCUUCAAGCAGGACUUAAUCGUGUCGUUCCAAUAUUUGAUGGCAGGGUCCUAUGCCCGCCAAUCCUGUCAAAAAUGGUUCGCAUUUCUAGCGAAAGCCUCAAAAUUUCCUGUGGCAUCAGUUUGAUCUCCUUACUCUUAAGCACAGGCAAUAAAGUCGCCACGAAGUUGACUUUGCUGAAGUACUGCCCGUCUCGCCUGAUCUGCGUUGACCGGAGGUUUGUAUGAAACACACUUGAGCAGCACAUUGUUGUCGAGACAUCUGUGCAGAAAUCGAAUCUGCGCAUAUGUGGACGACUCUCUAAGGGCAGAGGUUUCCCAGCGUCGAGCCGAUCGGAGCGCUUCGUGCCCAAAAAGACUGCUGAAAGAAACUAACAGGCGAGUUUCAGGUAGCAGGUCAGAAAAUGAAGUUGCGAUUUUUAGGAACAAGAAAUGUAUUGGUCUGACGUUUCGGAUCCAUCAUCAUCUGCGAAUGUCUCUGAUGAUGGAUUCGAGUGAGAAUCCGAAACGUCAGGCCAAUAAAUUCCUUAUUAAAGUGAUCUCAUCUUCGUUUUCUGAAAUUGGCUUUGGUAGACGCACCUUAUCCAUUCUAACUGCCUGACAACCGCAUAGAAAUUACAAAUUUUUCAGCAUUAAAAUGGGGUCUAAUAUGUUAGUGGAUUCCAGGCUGAAGGCGUCUGAAAUCUGUUGCUGUCACUUCAGUUUUGUUAUUCUCUGGGGAUAGCUGAGAUACAGUUGAUUCAUCUUCAUACUUGCUUUUGGCGGGUUUUGUGAAAACUUCCAUCGAUGGCCUUAUUUGAAAGUUUACAAGGCGCAACCCUCUCUGAAGUUUGCCCCGGAGACUGAGCUGAACGAAGAAAUCGAGCCCCUCCAUGUCUUUCUACACGGGCAAUAGUAUUCGUCUAUCCAAUGCAGGGUAUUCCGCAAGGAGAGACGGACAGGACAAUACACUUAUUUUCACAGUUUUGUUUCCCUAAAUCUAAAACGGAAAUUUAUCCCAGUAUUAACGGUUUGAGUGCGACGAAUCUGCUCUGCUGAGACUGUUGAGGAGACAGAACGCAAGCAGCUGCAAAACACGCUCCGUGAAACAACUACCAAGAGACAUUUAUCCUCCAGAAUAUUAGACAGCGUACGACAAAAUCUGCAGUUGCAAUUGGAGGGAAAAAACUUAUUUCUAAGACAGCCUUUUCUAGGGGACGCAACAAGCAAAUUAGUGAGACGACGUCUUAGGACAGCUCUCACAAGUGCAUUCCCGCAGCGACUUUGCGCGCAUCGAUCAAAAACUCUCCACUUCUACAUUUGAGGAGCAAAGACCGACUGCCGUUGCAGGCCACAUUCAUGUGUAGUUAUCCAAUCACCUGCUCCUGUGGAGUGAGAGAUAUUGGCCAUACAUCGAGGCGUCUGGAAAAGAGGGUACGUAGACACGUGCCUGCCUGGCUGUGUGUGGGGGAAAAUCGAUCGAUUUCGAGUUCGAUUCUCACACGUCUAAUCGAUACAAACCACCAAGUCGACGCUAGAGAAGCCUUUAUAGUUAUCGACCAGGCAUCGGCAAACUAAUCUAAAGGCCUGCGCAAACGAAUGCUAGCUAGAGCCGAAGCGGUGUCCAUUAGACUAGCAAACCCAGCAUUUCGUUAUCAGUAGACGCUGACACAGGCAGUCUGUCUUCGCUAGCGGACUCCCAGUGGGGAUCACACGUCGCCCCAACCUGUCUCACAUGCAUACAGCCUCCACAACCAAACACUUAUUCCCCAUUUUCACCCUUUUUUACCUCCGCUGUCCUUAACACACUGCAUCUGUCAUUCAGAAAGGGUAAAAACAAGGACUUUAAGUAACCAUACCCCCUGAGACGUGUUAAUCUUGGCCACGACUUAAAAGUUAACUCUCCAUAUAAUUGUAUUAGCCUUACGAUAAAUUACCGAAAACCUAUAUUCGCCAAAUGACUUUAGCAGGUUGUACAGAGGUUCGUAAAAUCAACUGACGUUGCCAAGAUUACCAGUAUUCUGUUGUAACUAAAUUAUUAUGGAAUUUCGCUGCAUGACGGUUAAUUAUGCAACUCUUCUUAAUCAAUCUUUCCGAAACGAAAAUGCAUUUCGGCAUCUCGGUUGACAUUUCGUGGUUUAGCCCAUCAACGGUAAACAUCUGGGGCAUUGCCGCUAUUGGUGUAGAUGGUAUCUUGCGGUCCGUUUCGUGCGUUCUCAACAUCCGUACCCUCCAGGAACGCGACUUUUUUAAGGCUGACACUUAUUCUGCUGGUGUGAGUAAGGUUCCGCUAAGCUAAGUCCCGAAUGUGAUAUGUAGCAGAAGGUAGUACGUUGACACAUUUAUGGCAAGAUGGUGUCUCUUCUAAACUAGCACCCGGCAGUUCGACCAUUGCGUCCGACGAUGCUCACCGUAAAUCCCACAGCAGGGCGGGAGCAGGGACGAUGACUUUUGAGAGUAGUCUUGCAGUGCAUCUAUCACACUCUCUCCUACUCCGCCUGGGCCCGGUGUCAAGACAGAGUCGAGAAGAUUGGAGACGGGGGCGGCCUCGGGUGGAUGGCUCGGUCGACACCGCAUCCUGGCAAUCCACUCCACACUCCCCGGUCCACACAUCAAACAACCAGGUUUUUAACCAACAAAAGCGAAGUAAAUGGAAGUUGGUAUGGGUGAAGUCGCACCUAGGCGUGCCGCCAACACCCGGCUAGGAUCCCUUAAAGUGGGGAUUCCACAGAGACCACAUUUAGGAUGAACCAUUGCAGCCUGGCUCUCCGACUGCAAACACACAACACUGUGUCGACUGGGAGGUUCAAAUUAACCCGUCAGUUGGAAACCUUCCAAGCCACGGCAUUUAGCGCACCGUGACAGCUUCAAGCACGUCAGAUUAUUUACAGUAAGAAAAAUUCGCUAAGUGGUAGACCUCAGUCUUUUUUCCCACUUCCACAACCCAGCCGGUCAGUUUACAGGUUCGGGGAAUGGGCGCGGUGGCUGAUAUUGUCUAUCGACCUCGCCUGUGCGCGCCACAUGCACGACCAGGUCCCCCAAAACACAAGGAGCAGGAUUUCACACAACGGGCGUUGAACGGCGUAUCUCACAAAUGCGUGAGAGCGUCAACUAGCACCCAGCACGUCAUUGAUCGCCGGCGCUACAUGUGAGGUUGCAUCGGCGCGAUAUUUUCCCGACAGUGUUUAUGAUAAUGUAUCUAUUUGCUGCACACGUCCGCAUUAAAAGAAGCGCAUUGUUCUGCUAAAAAGUCGAGUGUUUAUAUCUGAGAACUCAGGGAACAUUUGCUAGGGAAUGGGACCUAAAAAUCAGUAUAAACUGCCCAAGUCUACGACAUGGAUAAGUGGCAAAGUGGAGCCCAAAAGUCAAGGCCAAAUACAAGACUACAGAUCAGCCUUUCCUUGGAAUCUCUGCUGGAGAUGAGGUUGGGGCGGGAGGAGGUUGGGUGCUGAUGACUUGAGUGCGCAAUAUCAGUCCGAUUUGUAUCUUUUCAAGGUAAUUGCAAACUGCUUCCAAGCCAACGGCUGGCACUUGGUUCAGAUGAGCCUGAUACUACGGCCAAAUAAAUGCGCAGAACUACGACGCAUUUGAUUAUGGGAAAAUUUUGGAAAUUCUCCAAAACAGGCAACACAUUUCGCUAUCAAUUCUACAGGUCUCUACUGCGAGAGGAUACUUCUGUAUGGCUUUCGCUCAGACACCUCGUCGUGAUUUACUGGAAAGCAUCCUGGUCCAUGUUUUGAGGGACCCUUUAAAUGCUUAUCAUUUAGAUAACUGUUAAAAAUCCAGUUAAAGUCCAUAAUUAAUUCCGAAGGAAAAUUAUGGGUUUCAGCCAAUAGAUCAGGACGUAUUUUGCGAGCCGCACUGUGUAAACGGCCAUACAAUAGGAGGGCUAACUUAUUUAAUCUCAACGGAAAUUCCGAAAUGUGUUUCCAUUUCGAAAAGAUUAAUUAAGUAGGGUUGUACAACUAAUCAUUAUGCAGCAUAAUUCUAGAAGAAUUCAAUUAGCCGAGGACGCUGGCUUUCAAACAUUUUGCUUCCAGCUGCAUCGAAAACCCAUGCCUUGUAAAGGUCACUACUGAAGAAGCAUUCAUUUUUUAUUGAUUUUCGAUGCUUUUAAAGAUCCGACUACAUGGCAUGUAAAACAUGCACAAACAUUUUCAUUAUUUUACUCAUUUAGUGGAAAAUUUCGUCUUCCUUCAAUUUUAUACACAAAGGAAGGCCAAAGUUGAGUUUUAAAAAGUUUAUAAUUGUUUGUUUUUUUAAUAUUGUGAACUGUCCCCUCAUGAAACGUCACGUCUCUGCAUUUACCAAUGUGACUUGUAAAGUUACCAAUGUGGUUCUGAUCCAAUGCUUGAUUUUAUAAACAUUGUGUAGUUUCCUUUUAAUGCUGUCGAUAAAUGUGUGGAUUUCUUACGCGGAAAUUAUACGACUUGUAGUCUGGGAACCCUGAAUGCAAGUGUUGCGGUAUCUCAGGUUGAAAAUUAUUCGGGAAUUGGAAACGUUUUAUAAAACCAUAUUCAUCCUUCCUCUGGGCGUAACAUUGAAAGAAGACGUAAUUGUCUACUGAAUGAGCAAAGGAAUGAAUAUUGUUAUGCAUUUUUUCCAUGAAACAUAAUUUAAUCUUUAGGAACAUCGAAAUUCAACGAAAAAUGCAUGUCACUUACGUAGCCUCCUUUUGCAGAAUAUGAGUUUUGGAUGUAACCAAGAAGACGUUUUUUUGAAAGCCGGCGUUCUAGGGUAACUGAAUAAUUAUAAAAUUAUGCACUACAGUAAUUGCUUUUAUAACCCUGUUUAAUUAAUCUUUUCGAAACGAAACUAUACUUCGGAAUUUCUGUAGAGAUUUCAUGUGUUGGUUCACUUACCGCAUAGGGGACGCUUGAUUUGAAAACUUUAAAUAAGUAGUACACAACAUGUGAUCUAUCUCAGAAAAGAUGAUGAACCUUACGAAAGAUAACUGAUAUUUCGCAAACUAAAGGAAAGUAUAAAUCAAUGCUCUGAAAUAACAUUGAAAGACUUUGGGGAAAUUGAAAACAUAAAGAGAACAGAACAAUACAAUCACACUAUUUAAAAAUACUAAGUUUUCGAAGCACAGACUAUUCCAGCCGCGUCAAAAAUCAUUACAGAUUACACCCUUGAUUGUUUAAUAUAUAUGAAGAUCCAUCAUGCUGAAAAAUUUAAAAAGUAGAACAGGAUAAGUAAACCAACAUUUCGGCAAUUCCCUUAAAUGAAGUUUAUAUUUAGAAACACUUCAAAAAUAAUUUUAAUAUAAAAAAUGCCUGUUUGUAAUUGAUUUAUUGUUUGAGUAUAGAUUAUAAAACGGUUUCACGAGAGCUGGCUGUAAUAUUUCUAGUUUUACAUUAUUAAGGAUGCGGUCGAUUAAGUCAAAUGGGUCUUUGACAUUAUUCUUAAGGCCACAUGUUGAUAGACCGGUUAGUGGCCAUUAAAUUUAAAUAGAAUUUUCAGGCGCAAUCGCAAACACACCGUUUCUAUAUGGCGAGGGAGAUUUUCCUCAGUCAAAUUUCCUUCUAUUAACUUCUGGUGCUGGAGCACGCUAUUUUUUAAAUCCUCCUUGACAUAGCGGUGAAUACUUCGCGAUUACAGUUUUUUAAUCGGUUGCCCAUCACUGUCGAAUGUUUUCUUUUUAUCUAUCUAUCAAAACAUUCAAAAUACGAAACGCCUUGAAAGCAUUUACUAACAUAAUGAGUUUUAGGGCACACUUUCCGAUGCAGCUGGCAGUUUGGCUAGUUUUUGUUGUCUCACCCUAAAUCAAGAAGUAAUCCCCAGAAAUAGGAAUGACCAUGACGAGAGUUGGCAAUAAGUUGGCCUUAGAUUAAUUUAAAGCUUUAUAUUAUAGCUCAGCUAUUUAAAAAGCGUUUUCAUUAGAUAUCUUGCUUACAGAUGUCUGCGUACUUCACUUUUUCCAGAGCGUAGCUAAGGUAGAUUUUGUACCCUUGGUCGAUCUUAACACUUUCUUGAAAAUAAGUGGUAAUUUUUCAGUGGCAAUUGCAAGAAAUCACCUUUCUGUUCAUGCUAAAGGCCUUUUCGUUCUUAUGUUUAGUUUUAAACUCUUUUCAAAGACUUUACGUGCAAAGCGAAUUGGGCAUAUUAAUACUAGAUUAUUAUAAAGUCUGUCGCUUUCCAGUUUUCUUAGAAAUUAUCCACAAUGUUGGAGUAGAUUAGUUUAUUCAAGGUCUAUGGGCGUUUGGCUAGCAACUAUGUUGCUAUUAUGGCAUCACCUUACCAUAAAUCACGAAGAAUGAUAAGUUUUUUUCCUGAGACCAGAAAAGUAAUGCCUAAAAGAUAACCUAGGCAUUUUGCGGAGGACCUUUCCGAGUCAAGUUACUGAGAAUUCGCAAAGGGCAGAAAAGUAUUAGAACAUUUGUCAUUUGACGCUAUCAAUGCGUUUUAGGGCGUGAAGUCACAGAUUUCAAAUUUAACAUGUUAAAUCAAUAAAACCUGUGGUUUUCCGAAAUACGAGCAUUUUGCUUACAAAUGGCUUAAUUAGAUUUACGUGGCGAAAAGGUAUAAUUUUAAAAUUCGGUUAGUCCGUUAGGUGAAACUUUCAAGCUGCAAUUACCUUCUUGUCAUAUAAAGACAGGUAAAAAUGCAUUAAACUUUUCGGAUUACAGUCGCUACGUACAUUUUUGUUCAAAUAUGCAAGCCGCUCGUAAACAUAUUGUGCUAGCAAAAGCGAAAAUUUUUGGAAAUGGUUGGGCAAAUCAGAAGAGAAUGGUGCCUUUUGGGUACUCGCAAUUGAAGGCCUCAAUUCACGUUAUCAUGUUUCACACUGUAGGUCACAUACGGCAGUCAAUAUUAUUUCGCACUUUCGAAGGUCACACUUGGUUAGGAGCAGAUUUCAAUGACUAUCAUUGUUAUACCUUUUUAUAUAAACGCGCGGUUAGGCGGAGCUCAGAGCUGAAGAAAAACGUGCCACAAAAUUGCUAUCUGGAUUUUUUCAUGUAACAGUGAGUAACCGAUCUCAUGAAAUGUUGGCUGAAAUUCUGAAAUGCGUUUUCGAUUAGGAAGGAUUACUUGGUCGUGGUCGUAAUACUCAUUUAAUUUUUAGCACAAUCUUAUAACAUUUUGUAUUUGGCAGGAUGUCGGCUUUAAAAUGCACUUGUUGUUAAUCCCCUGUAGAAAGCAUGAUCGGUAAAAAAAUGAGUACUUAAGUAGCAUACAUUUUUCCCAUUGAUUUUCGAUGGUCUUGCAAAUUCAAAUAUAUCUUGUAGAAGCUAUCAAUAAAAAUAUGCUUUUUUAGUCAAUCGAUAGAAAAUUACUUCAUCUUUGUAAUUUAUACUCAAGGAAGGAGUAAGACUGGAUUUUAAAAAAAUUUCUGAUUGCCGAAUAAUUUGGUGCCUGAUCAUUUUGCAUGAGCCCUUAGUGAUUUCAGUCUACAAGGUUCAUACGUUCCGCGUAAAGAAAAUUCUAUAUUUUUCUAUGUCAUUAAAGAGAUAUAACACAAAGUCCAUAAAAUUUGCAAAGGAUGCGGUUUAUGUUGUAUAUUUCAUGAGGAGCAGGGGUAAACGGCCAGGUGCGAUUCUAUGUGAAUGGACAUUGCGCGGUCUAAAAAAGUCUCAUAAUUAGAAAUUUUUUUAAAACCCAAAUAUACUCUUUCUUUCAGUAUAAAAUAUAAAAAAGAUGUGAUUUUCUAUUGAAUGGCUGAAAGAAUGCCUAUUUUUAAUUUAUGAUUCUAUAAAAUAUAUUUGGAUUUGCAAGACCAUCGAAAAUCAGUGGGAGAAAUGCAUGCUACAUAAGUAGUCAUUUUUUACCGAGCACGCUUUCAACAGGAGAUUAAAAAGAAGUGCGUUAUAAAGCCGAUAUACAGUCAAGUCCGAAAUGUUAUAAUAUUAUGCCGCAAAAUAAUCAGUAUUACAAACGCGACCAAGUAAUCCUUCCUAAUCGAAAACGCAUUUCAGAAUCUCAGCUAAUAGUUCAUGAGAUCGGUCAUUUCGUCUGAACGCUUGCGAUAAGGAAGUAAAUCUAGUUAAAUAAAAUUUUCAGGACAUACUUAUCCCCUUAAUGUUUUCACAUUUCACAGUGCUGCACGUCAGCGAUAA